ACAAGAGGAGGCAUAUGACAAUCCAGAGAGACUUGCUCCAAACAGAAAAGGGAGACAGACCCAACAAAAAGAGGGAUGUAAUGAGAUAGGGAGGGGUACUGAAGAAACUGGAGAAGGAGGAGAAGUCUAGACAAGUGACAAAAGAGGAGAAAGGAAGAAGAGUUCCAUAGAAGAGUUGGGUCUUUUGUCUCUUUUUGGUCCUUAACUUUAAAUGGAGUGACAUAACGCAACAUUGUCUGAUGGAUACCCAUUACAACUCUUGCACAGGAAACAUGGAAACCUCAUAUCCCUUGGACCUCAGUAUCCGAAAAAGUAUGGAUAUGUUUGGUGUAGCUCCAAGGAGCCCUCAUAAAAUGUGGUCAGCGAGAGAUAUAAAAGGCUCACAGCCAUUCAAGAUGAACAACCUGGAGGGGGUGACCCAGUCUACCGAGGGACAAAAUGGUUCAUCUGAGGAACCAGGACAUUGCAAGGACCAAACCUGCCUUCCCCUCAGAAAAAGAAGGUACCCACCUCCAUCCAAGGAUGAAAGACCAUUGACGACGCACAUGGAAGAUUAUCCAAGUUGGCCAAAGAAAUUGUGUGGCUCAUCAAAAAUUCAAGUACCACUGCCAUGCUACUACUCAGGUAAUUGCUCUAAACUAAUAAUUAGAAUAUAUUUUGGUUUUGUUUGCAAGAAAUGAAGGUACUGGAAGUUGUAGACACCGUAGAAUUUAUGCAAAAAUCAUAAACAGCUACUAGCACAAAUUGCCCUUAAUGUUUUGAACUAAUCUUCCAGAAAACUCUUUCAGUGGGUAUGAGUAGACAAUAAUAAAAUGAAAUAGCAAAGUGUCUGGUUUCAAAUGGGUCAGUGAGUUCACAUCUGAGGUGACAAAAAAGCUGGAGGCAAGGCAGUCAUGCAAUAAUUUUUCCAUCUACUAAUACCCAAGGAGACAUUAUCUAUUUAACAUCUAGUGUGCAUUCUCUAUUCAGUAUGUAGUACACAUUCCCUAUUGAGUUUGUAGACCCCGUCUACUCGACAUGAAAUGAAACCUAUAUUUACAACAGGCACUUUUCACUAUCAUUCUCAAAAUUAGCUUUAAAUGGCAUGCUUUGCAUUUAAUACACAGUGCUUAAAUAUAUUGUUUACAACAUGCAUUUUAAGUAUUUUUAUUUAUUUUAAACCAAAGAGCUUAAAAUUUUAGUUAAUUUUUCAUUUUGUUUUUAAUUAUCGAAAGCACACUGCUUUAUUGGUGCAGGGUAGAUCUUGAGGAGGUAGGCUCAGCUAACAUUUGGCUGGAGAAGUGACCCAACACCUCCCAGGUCAUUGACUUUCUUUCAGCAGCAGCAGUUAACACCCUGGUAAAAUAAAACAUUUUGCACUAAUUACAGAUCCUGACUGAGGAUUAGCAGAAGCAGUGUUUUGUGAACACAUUAAAACUAUUACUACUCCUUAACGACAAAAAGUUUUUAACAUGCUGAAAGGCAAUUUUUUUCAUGCAACCCGAAUGGUUACAGGUUCCAACUGUGCAAAAAUAUCUGCAUCAUAGUUUUAUUAACAAUGAACAGGUACAUGUGUGCUUGUAUGUUUUUUAGUUUCUUAGUCCUUAUCUCUUCAGAAACAGCGACAGCAUUGGGAACCCAGAUAGAGAUCUCUAUAAUAUCAACAAGUCUCUAACUGUAGUUUUACUUUGCUGCACAGAUUAAUUUUUCCAUCAUUCCUACUAAUCUAGUGUCAAUCAGAGAGCAACAAAUAGGUGAACGUACGUAUGUGAUUGCUGUCAGAGUGACUGGUAGCACUUUGUCUACGUCUGCAACUUUUGACCAACGAUAGUGUUGUUUAAGGCAAAAGAAAGGGUUCUUUACAAUAAGAACAUAGAUGUGGAAUUAUCUGCCUGAAAAGGGUGGUUUUAUCAUACUUUGUACAGCUUUUUAGACAGCGACUGGAUGAAUGCUUGCAAAAGUGUAAUAUUCAGGGGCAUAAUAUUUAAUAUGUGGGUUCACAACUUCUUGAUUCAAGGAAAGAUCUGAGAGAUCUGGGGUCAAGGAGGAUUAUUUUCCUACUUUGUUGCUAAACUGGAAAAAGCUUCAAACUCGGUUCUUUGCCUUCUUUUGGAUCAACAGCAGAAACAGAAGUGAGAAAGGCAGAACUUUUUUUUCAGCCUAUGUAACUAUGAUUAACAUUUGAUAUCGGUGCAUUAGCAUAACUUGCCUGAUAUGACCUGUCCUUUAAAAACCUGACGACUUGUAUCAAUUUAAUUUGUAAUAAAUACUAACAAUGACCAAUGACAAUUUUGAUGUCCUCACAGAGCUCUUCACUUGGCACAUACCAAAUAAAUAAAUAAAUAUAUAUAUAUAUAUAUAUAUAUAUAUAUUAAGUGAUAUAGUUUCUGUCUCUUUUUACAAGUAAACUUCAUUUGUAAUGGUUAUCUGUGUGCCAUACUUCAGUAGGUGUUCAUCAAAUGUUCCUCUGAUAACGUGCAGAUAUCCUAGCGUCUUAUGGAUGGAUGGGCCAUCCCUCAAUCUAAGAUAUACAGUUAAUUAAGAUGGGACACCAAUAAAUGGAGACAGAAACAACAGCAUGAAAGGAACGCUAUACAAAAGCAACCUUUCCUAAAACACCAGCACUGAAAAAAGGAGGGGGAUACCAAAAAAAUGAGAAGGGAGGAAAGUUAACAAUUGUAAACUUAAAAAUGUGUUGUUUAUCCUUUUUUAGAAGUCAGUUUGAUUAUUAUUUAUCAUUCGUGUUGUGAUUAAACCACACAGGAUACACCUUUAUGCUUUCAAAACCAUAAAUUUGAAUGUGUGGGUGGUUUGUGAAGAUCAGAAUUGCUGAACGAAGGAGGGAUCUUAAUGAAUUCAAUCAACUUUUUUAGGAUUUACUUGAGUUUGGUUUCAGCACCUUAAUAUAUGUGUGUUGGAUGUGAAAGGGAGAGAGAAUUUGUUACAGAGACCUUCAGAUGUAUUUAAAGAAUAAAUAAACUUCAAAGGGAAGGACUUUGAUGGAAAUAAAUUCAAUAGAGCAAGAAGGUAAACUGGUCAGUUCUGAGGAUGAAAGACAGAUGACAAAUUUAAGAAUUUUUGUUUUAAAUGAAGUAGAUACUUUGAAUAGCAUUCCAGCAAAACCAGUAAACUAUUGCCUAUUAAAGGCACCAGAGAUUAUCUUAAAUGUUCAUAAGGCUAUCCAUAAAAAAACAAACAACAACUAUAAUCAACAUAAAAGCUCACAAUCGGAAGAGAGGCUUGUUAUUGGUUACCACCAGUGGUUUCCAAACCAGUCCUCGACACACAACUACCAGUUCAGAAUUGAUGGAUUACAUAGUUGUGUCUAAGGUUUUUUUUUUGUUCUAACAUCACCUUAGUCACAACUGGGUAAUCCCUAAAUCCUGGACUGAUAGGUGUGCCUUGAGGACUAGUUUGGGAACCACUGGGUUACCACCAUCCACCAGUUUUUGGUUUUUUUCAAAGAUCAAGUAUAAUGCUACUAUCUCACAACCUUCUAAAUGGCCAGAAGAAAACACUAGUUGACAUGCUUUAUAUUAAAAAUGGUUGCACUGAUUGAAAAGGUGCCACCACAAAGUUCACUGUGCUGGAGUUUUUGAUGUGAAGCAGUGCUGGCAUCAGAAAUGUCUGUUAAUAUAGUUAGCAACAUUAGGAGGUAUGAAAUAAGGGCGGAAUGGGGUGACACCAAAGUUUAGGCUAAAAUUAGCUGUCAUUGUAGCUGAUUGCAGAUUCUUUAUUUAAUUUUUUUUAAAUCAGCUUUCAUUUUUGCACUCCAGUUUACAAUUUGGGGCUGGAUCUCUAGGAGUUUACUAUGCUUACUGAAUAGCAAUUUCAGUAAGUUUUUUAUUCAACUUUGAAUUUAUAUAAUAAUGUAAAUUGCACAGUUUUAAUGAAUGUAUUUGAGAAACCUAAGCCAUAGUGGAAAAACACAUUCAGUGGUCACUUAAGAGUAAAUUCAAGUUUUGCAUUAAAGGGACACUAUAGUCACCUGAACAACUUAAGCUUAAUGAAGCAGUUUAUGUGUAUAGAACAUGCCCCUGCAGCCUCACUGCUCAAUUCUCUGCAAUUUAGGAGUUAAAUCCCUUUGUUUAUGAACCCUAGUCACACCUCCCUGCAUGUGACUUGCACAGCCUUCCUUAAACACUUCCUGUAAAGAGAGCCCUAUUUAGGCUUUCUUUAUUGCAAGUUCAGUUUAAUUAAGAUUUUCUUAUCCUCUGCUAUGUUAAUAGCUUGCCAGACCCUGCAAGAGCCCCCUGUAUGUGAUUAAAGUUCAAUUUAGAAAUUGAGAUACAAUUAUUUCAGGUAAAUUACAUCUGUUUGAAAGUGAAACCAGUUUUUUUUUUUCAUGCAGGCUCUGUCAAUCAUAGCCAGGGGAGGUGUGGCUAGGGCUGCAUAAACAGAAACAAAGUGAUUUAACUCCUAAAUGACAGUGAAUUGAGCAGUGAAAUUGCAGGGGAAUGGUCUAUCCACUAAAACUGCUUUAUUUAGCUAAAGUAAUUUAGGUGACUAUAGUGUUCCUUUAAAUAUUAAUCCACGCAUAAAUGGCUAUCCACAAGCCAUCAAUGUUGUUAGAGUUCCACCACAGAGUUAUUUUUCAAUGCCACUUUGAUUCUUGAACUGGUAAAAACAGACGACAUGAUCUUGCAGACAAAAAGUUGUCAACACAAUAACAGAACCACUGGACACCCAGUGUAUUAAAACAACUGAACAAAUUAAUAGCAAUGUCAGUUAAUACAUUUAGUUAUCAGUUAGUGUUAUAUAACAAAAAUGAGAACAAAAAAAUCAAAUACCUUACUUGACUUGCUUAAAGUCACCAGAACAACUACAGCUUAUUGAAUUUGUUCUGGUGAGUAGACUCAUUACCUUCAGGCAUUUUGCUGUAAACACUGUCUUUUCAGAGAAAAUGCAGUGUUUACAUUACAGCCUAGUGAUAACUUCACUUGCCACUCCUCAGAUAGCUGUUAGAGAUCCUUCCUGUGUCAUGGCUGCCUAAAAUGCAUCCAAACACUCAGUGUCUCCUCCCUCUGCAUGCAGACACUGAACUUUCCUCAUAGAGAUUCAUUGAUUCAAUUCAUCUCUAUGAGGAGAUGCUGAUUGGCCAAGGCUGUGUUUGAAUUGUGCUGGCUCUGCCCCUGAUCUGCCUCUUUGUCAAUCUAUGGGGAAGCAUUGUGAUUCAAUCAGGCUACCACUUCUGCUGAUGUCACCAGGCAGUGGGCAGGUCUAAAGGAACUAAGUAAGCAGGCACUAAGUAAGCAGCUGCAGACCUGAAUACAAGUAAGAUUUUACUAUAUUUAGGGAGGCAUGAUGGGACCAGGGUGGCUAGAUGGUGGUUUUAACCCUAUAGGGUCAGGAAUACAUGUUUGUGUUCCUGACUCUAUAGUGCUCCUUUAAGUAUGCAAGCAAUGUUAACUAGCGUUUCAGCAUCAAUCAGUUAUUAGACCCAUUAAAGAACAAACAAAGUAACUAUAGUAUACAAUAGCAACAUUUAUAACAUAACAAUUGCAUAUCUGCACAGUACCUGAAAUGACAGUUGAAAGGUAUUAAAAAAACAAACACACAUACCUUCCAAUAUUGGCAUCCCAAGAAGCAGGACGCCGAUGGAAGGGGUUUAAAGGGGACAGGACAGUGACACAAUUGUGGGUCAAUCCAGGUGGGUAAGUCCAACCGGUAUUGGUGUACUAUUAUGUAGUGGUGGGCUUCAAACAAUAUGGCCAUCUGUUGUAACUGAAUCUCCAUAUUUGUUUGCUAAGAUAUGUGAUUUUUAGGUAGCCUAAAAAAAUGUAAAACUUUAUUUAUAUUUUUUUGUCGGUGCACUGUUCUUUCAUCUGUAUUUUUCCAAACAAACAGUUCAGGCCACCAAGGGCAGGACUUGCAAGAAGCACUGUUUCAGUGCUCGCUGCAGGGUCAUGGUGUACUGAUUGCAUCGUAAGGGUGUCUUAUGAUGUACUUCUGCUAUACUUUUUUAAGGACAGUUCCCUGGUGUCCCCAAAAGCUGAACACCAGGGAAUAAAGUCGGACAAUGGGACAGGACCCAAAAAGCAGGACUGUUCCAAUGUAAUUGUGUUUGUUGGGAGACACGCGCACACACACACACAUACACACACAUUGCCAUGUCUGUAUGUUAAUGACAUACCUCACCUACUUGCAUCAUCAAUGCACCUGGCUUACUGUAACAUUCAACUUGUGAUCAAACUGAAGAGCAAAAGUACAAGUAUUUUUUAUUGCUAACUUACCAAUAACGGCUUAUCAAGCUCAACAUCACAAGAUUAACAAUAAAAAUACAUAUUAAGCCCAGUUUCAAGACAAUAAAAUGUUAUGGCUAUGGCAGCAUUAAUGGCAAUUGUCCAAGCAAUGUGGUUCACCUUGAUAACUUUAAAACUGUUAUGUAAUUACAGCCAAAAAUACAACAAUAUUAAUUGCUUACAGACACCAUGUUGUAAUGUAAUAAUUUAUUAUGUUUACCUGUACACCUACUUUUUAUAAGAGAUAUCUAAGCAGCCAAACACAUGGCAGUAACGCCAUGCCUAAUAUCAUGCAGAUAUGAUAUAUAAUGUUCAUUUUUCAUUAAAAACAAAAUAUCAGAAUUGGGAAAAAAAUGUGGUCUAAGUGACUUUGACAGUGGAACGAUUGCUGUUGCUAAGCAUGGAGGUUUGAGCAUCAGAAAUUGCUGAUCUCCAGGAAUUUUUAUACAUUAGUGUCUUAGAAGGUUGGAGAGAAUACUGCAAAAAAAAUUAAACAACCCAAAAACAUCUGAAGAGCAGCAGUUGUAUGGGCAAAAUUGAUUUGUUAAUGAGAAAGGUCAGAAGAGAAUGGUAGACUGGUUCAUGCAAACAGGAAGUUGAUAGCAACUAAAAUCACCAUGGGUUACAGCACGGCUAUUCAGAAGAACAUCUCUGAACACAAAAUAUAAAACUCAAAGUGGAUGGGCUGCAGCAGCAGAACACCACACCAUUUAGUUAAGAAUAGGUAAAUGAAUACAGCAGGAACUGGUGCACCAAAACUGGACUGUAGAAGAUUGGAAAAACGUCUCCUGGUCUGAUAUAUAUUAAUUUCACCAGCAGAAAGCAGAUGCCAUGUUUAUGCAGAAUUGGGGUAUAUAUGUAAUUCAUGACUCAGUCAUGGCUUGCGUCAAUGUAUGAGGCUUGUUCCAAUAGAAAAUAUUGUUUGGAAUAAUUUCAUGGCACACCUUAGACGCAUUAUUGCCAACUGACUGUCUUUAAAAUGACUAAGGCUAUAUUAAUAUUAUUGCUGAAUGUGUGCCCUUUGCAGCCACAGUUCACCCAUCUUCUAAUGGUUACGACCAGCAGUAAAACAAGCACUGUCACCUCAAAGCUGUUUCCACGAAUAGGACAAUGAGCUUAAUGUGUUCCUAUGGCCUUCACAGUCACCAGGUCUUAGUCCAAUAGAACACCUUUUGAUGUAAGAAAAAAGGGAGACUGACGGAGAUUCAAUUAGCAUAAUCUUUGAAGAAAAUGUCUAGCACCUUGAAUCCAUGUACAGACAAAUUAUGGAGUCUUAUUAAAAGAUGUGAACAUUGAACAUAAAUUAAUUGGCUAGGUUACCUAGGUUUCAAGUACUUAUCAGCAAAAAUCAGCAUGGUUUUAUGAAGCAGAGGUCAUGACAAACUAACUUGAUUGCAUUCUACAUAGAAAUAAGAAGAAGUGUAGAUUACGGUGUUGCAGUGGAUGUGAUCUAUUUGGAUUUUGUCAAGGCGUUUGAUACAGUUCCACGCAAUAGAUUAGUGUUCAAACUCAAAGAAAUUGUCUAGAUGAAAAUUCUUGUUCUUGGGAAGAACAUUGGCCUAAAAACAGAGUACAGAGAGUUGUCAUUAAUUGUACAUUUUCAAGCUGGACAUAGGUGGCAAGUGGUGACCCUCAGCGUUCUGUUCUAGAACCCCUUCUAUUUAACAUGUUUAUAAAUUCCUCUUGAAAAAAAGUGGCCAGUCGGUAUUGUCAUGCAUGAAAAAAGGCGUUAAUUCUCGGAAUGAAAAUAUAAUUUUGCCUCUUUAUAAAUCACUGGUAAGACCACAUCUUGAAUAUGCUGUGCAAUUCUAGGCACCUGUUCUAAAGAAGGAUGUUAUAGCACUAGAAAGAGUGCAGAGGCGGGCUACAAAAUUAAUCAAAGGAAUGGAACAUUUUCGCUAUGAAGAAAGGUUAACAAAUGUAUACCUCUUUAGUUUAGAAAAAUGUUGCCUGAGAGGGGAUAUGAUAACAUUAUACAAAUUUAUCCUGGGCCAAUACAAACCAUUGUGUGGAAAUCUAUUCACAAACAGGACUUUACAUAGGAUAGGAGUUCAUGUGUUUAGACUGGAAGAAAGAAGAUUUAGUCUAAGGCAAAGUUAUUUUACCGUAAGAACAAUAAUGAUAUGGAAUUAUUUGCCCGAAGAAGUGGUUUUAUGAGAGUCCGUAUGAAUGUUUAAACAGCAACUAGAUGCACACUUACAAAAAACAUAAUAUUCGAUGAUAUAAUUUUUCAACUGUCGGGUAAUAGCUUCUUGAUCCAAGGAUAAAUCUGACUGCCAUUCUGUCACGGUAGUUUACCCCUACACGCAAGAUUUAGUCCAACAAUCGACAGAUAGAGCAGAUACAACUUACCGGACCUUAGAAUGGCCGGAUUCGCCGUAUAGCAGAGAAUAGACAGAGUCAAGAACAAGCCGAGAUCAAGGGAACAAAGAGACUGUGAGAACAAAAACUAGCCAUGGUCUGGUACACAGUAGUCAAUAACCCGGCAAACAAGACAAAACAGGGAUAGAGAGAUAAACGGAGUCAGAUACAAAGCCAAGGUCAAGCACUAAAAUCACAACUGAACACAACAAGCGCUAAAGGGAACUGAAACAGAAACCACAAUAGGGCAGGGAGUCAAGGGAGAGGUAAGUAUAUAUACCCUAAACUUUACUUUGAUUGGCCCCUGUCAUAUCCACGCUCCCAAAAUGUGAGUGUCUGGGGAAUGUGGGAUGACAGGGGCCAAUGGGAGUACAUUUCAUUUUUUGGCUCCCAGUGCCCCUUUAAGAGCGUGCCCGCUCCCAGUAUGUAAAUCUGUUGAAUAUAUUAAUAUGUCGUCCAAGUACUCUAUUACAAAUGAGUGAAUGAACUCUCGUAAGACAUCAUUAAUAAAUUCUUGAAACACUGCUGGGGCGUUACAAAGACCGAAUGGCAUCACAGUAUACUCGUAAUGACCACUCCUAGUAUUGAAUGCAGUUUUCCACUCAUGGUCCUUUUUUAUACGUAUGAGAUUGUAUGCACCUCUAAGGUCCAAUUUAGUAAACACAGUAGCUUGUCGAAUAAUUCCGUGAUUAAUGGUAUAGGGUAAGCAUUUUUUAUAGUGAUUUUAUUUAGGCCCCUAUAAUCAAUACAAGGUCUUAAAUAGCCCUCCUUCUUUCGACACAAAGAAGAACCCUGCCCCUGCCGGAGAAGAGGAUCUCCUUAUAAAUCCCUUUUGUAGAGAUUCUUUAAUAUAUUCCUCCAUGACACGAUUUUCUUGCGGAGACAAAGGAUACACCCUGCCUUUAGGAGGUAUAGUGCCAGGCAAUAUAUCAAUAGCACAAUCGUAGGGUCUAUGAGGUGGUAAUUUUUCAGCCUCCCUUUUAUCGAAGACAGAUUUAAGACACAUGUACUGAGGAGGUAUAACAGUAGACAAAGGAGGAGUAGUAGGAACAUUAAUGGAAUUCAAAGGGGUGAUUUUAAUUAUACAAGACUCUUGGCAGGUUUCACUCCAAGAUACUAUUUGUCCUGAUUCCCAGUCAAAAUUGGGAUUGUGAGAACGUAACCAUGGGUACCCUAACACAAUGUGAGAGGAAGGAGAGGUGAUGACCUGAAACCGAAUGGUUUCUGAGUGUAACAUCCCUGUAUACAUAUGCAACGGUUCAGUUUCAUGUGUGAUAACUGGGGAGCAUAAUGGUCUACCAUCUAUGGCCUCAACGGCCAUGAGUGUCUUCGUCUCUCUAAUGGGUAUUUUGUUUCUCCUAACAAAUCUAGAGUCUAUGAAAUUCUCAGCUGCGCCGGAAUCAACCAGGGCUAGUAUGUUUCUUGAUAUGCAAUUAUUCUCCAGAUACAGAGAAACAGGGAGAAGUAGUCGAUUAAGAGGCAAUUUUGGGGACUUAGAUAUCACACCCAAGGCCAGUCCCCUAUAUGGCCUUAGGUGCGAUAGUUUUCCAGAAGCACGGGACAUUCUUUUAGCAUAUGACCCUUCUUACCACAGUACAGGCAAAGUCCCUCCUUUCUCCUAUACAACUUUUCAGCAUCAGAGAGUUUGGGAACCCCUCUGAUACCUUGAAACUCUCAGGAUUAGCAACUCUAGGAGUAUUUAAUGUAACAAAACGUCUAUUCCUAUUCUUAGUAUAGAGUCUGUCAUGAAUCCUAUUGUCUAUAUCAAUGAGAUAGUCGAUAAGGUCCUCUAAUGGGAUAGGAAGAUCCCUAGCUGCUACCUCAUCCAAUAUAGUAUCAGAUAGUCCUUCCAUGAAUGCUGUAGUUAGCCCAUUGUUGGUCCAAUCUACCUGCGAAGCAAGGGCACGAAACUGAAUAGCAUAAUCAGCAACAAACCUAGAACCCUGUUUAAUUCUCAUUAAUGCCCUUGCAGCAUUCUUUGACCUUUUAGUAGUGUCAAAGGUUCUACGAAAAGCCGUAAGGAAGCUAUCAAAAUUAUGCACCAUAGGUCCAUUAGCCUCCCAAAUAGAAUUUGCCCACUCAAGUGCUUUAUCAGUAAGUUGGUGCAUAAAGAAUCCAACUUUAGACCUGUCAGUGGGAAAGGAACGUGGAUACAUCUCAAAAUGGAAUUCCACUUGAUUAAUAAAUCCCCUGCAAGACUUAGCAUCCCCUCCAUACCUGGGUGGAGGGGUUAAAUGUGCAGAAGCAUUAGGCAUGGUGGAUACAUCUGGAACAAUGGGUGCAGGAGGAGUUGGUACUGUUACUGGAGUAGUUCUAGAUAAGAGUGUUUGAAGGGCCUGAGCUAUCUGAUCCAUACAGUGAUCCUGCUCUGUAAAUCUAGCCUCAUGAGAAGCCAAUUGCUGACUUAAAUCUGUGGGGUCCAUGGCCCUAUCGUAAUGUCAUGGUAGUUUACCCCUACACGCAAGAUUUAGUCCAACAAUCGACAGAUAGAGCAGAUACGACUUACCAGACCUUAGAAUGGCCGGACUCACCGUAUAGCAGAGAAUAGACAGAGUCAAGAACAAGCUGAGGUCAAGGGAACAAAGAGACUGCGAGAACAAAAACUAGCCCAGGUCUGGUACACAGUAGUCAGUAAGCCGGCAAACAAGACAAAACAGGGAUAGAGAGAUAAACGGAGUCAGAUACAAAGCCAAGGUCAAGCACGAAAAUCACAACUGAACACAACAAGCGCUAAAGGGAACUGAAACAGAAACCACGAUAGGGCAGGGAGUUAAGAGAGAGGUAAGUAUAUAUACCCUAAACUUUACUUUGAUUGGCCCCUGUCAUAUCCACGCCCCCAAAAUGUGAGUGUCUGGGGAAUGUGGGAUGACAGGGGCCAAUGGGAGCACAUUUCAUUUUUUGGCUCCCACUGCCCCUUUAAGAGCGUGCCCGAGACGCGCGGCACGCUCUUAGAGCUAGGUGGGACACGUGACCGCAUCUCGCGGUCCAUGCCCGCCUUCAUUCGAGAGCCGCAAGUGGCGGGAAGAGAGGAACUCGGCCGGCCCCCGGGUAACGUAAGUACCACUACACAUUCUAGGGUCAAGAGGAAUUUUUUUCCUAGUUUUUGCAAAAUUGGAAUUGCUUCAAACUGUUUUUUUGCCUUCUUUUGGAUCAACAGCAAAAACAAAUGUGAGGGAGGCUGAACUUGAUGGACACAUGUCUCUUUUCUGCCUUUGUAACUAUGUAAUUUGACCUACGUAUUUAAAUUUAUUUGCAAUUUCUUUUUUUUUCUUUGCAUUUUCAAGAUUAGUAAAUAAAGCACAACAAUGCCAGCAUUGAUUUUUGUAAUAUAGAUUAUAUAGAAGUAAGCAUUAAUCUUUGUGUGUCAAAUUUGUGUCAAGGUACAUUACUUUCAUAAGUAUUCAUAAAACCCUUGGUUGUUUCCACCUAUUUUAUAUUGCCACUCUGGAAUCAAAAUUAAUUUUAUUUGGGUUUUUACCAUUUUAUUUACACAAUAUGCAUACCAUUUUCUGAAUAGUUUUGUAUGUUUGCUACGAAACUCCUAAAUAUACAUAAUUAGGAGAUGGAAUUCACCAGUGUGCAAUUAAAGAGUCACAUGUUUUCAAACACCUAUUUCUGAAAGGCUCCAUAAAUUAUUAGAAAACAUAUCAAAACAAACAUCAAGACCAAACUGUUAACAUAACAAGCCCUGAAUAAAGACCAGAGAAUCACCAAUCAGGGUUGUCUUACAUAAUAAUAAUCUCAAACAUCGAACAUGCUUCUGAGUACAUUUUUGUUUCGUUGUGUUGACUGUGCCGAUACUUUGUCCUAUUCUCCUACUCUCUCCCAAUGGUUAAAAUUCUGACACAAUGUACAGAGUUUAAAUAAUCCAUAUAAAAGAUCCAUGGUAUUUGAAUAUAUUAAAAAAAGAGGGAGCAAAAAUAGUAUUAUUGCAAGAAAUCAUUGGUUAGGAAAGAUACAAAAAUAUUUAUUCCUAAUACUUUUAAUAUCAAAAUAUGUUCUUCAUUAGAGGAUAAAAGAAAAUGUGGGGUUGCCUUUCUUGUAACCAGUCAUAUAGACACACAGAUUAUGUAUCAGGACAUAGAUAAAAAUGGAAGAUACACUAUAGUAAUAUGUAAAAUACAAAAUGAAGUAUAUACAAUAGCGAAUUUAUAUGCACCUAAUGUUAAACCUAUUGGUUUUAUACAAAUGGUAUUAAACAAAAUAGAUAAUAUUAAAAAGGGAAUGGUCCUUAUAGGGGGAGACUUUAAUGGAUACAAUGCUAGAUAGAAAUUCACUUGGAGGGAUUAUCCAAAAUAAAAAAAGUAAAAAAACAUCAAACCAGCUUAAACUUUUAGUAUGUAAAUACGGUUUGUUAGACAUAUGGAGAAUUUACCAUCCCCAAGAAAAGGACUUUACUGGCUUUUCAAAAGUUCAUUAUACAUAUUCAAGGUUAGACCUAUUCUUGGGUACAGUAGAGAUAUCACUUAAGAUAAAGAAGGUUCUUAUUCAGGAAGUCACUUGGUCAGACCAUAACCCAGUCAUAUUAGACCUUAAUAUAAGCCCAGAUAAUAAAAUAAGGAAUAGUUGGAGGCUAAAUGAUCUCUUAUUAAAAAAGACCUACAGAUUACUAUCACAAGAAAUGAGUGGAUAAAUGCAAAUAAUGCUGUAACUAAGGCAAUUCAUUAUUUAAAUUCAACUGAAAGUCAUUAUAAGAUCAUUAAUAGAUGGCACUAUGUCCUCACUAAAUUGGCAACAAUGUACCCAUCCUCUCAAUAUAAGUGUUGGAGAUGUGGCUCAUCUAGAGCAGACUAUGUCCAUAUCUGGUGGUCUUGCCCAAACCUAAGUCAACUAUGGAAUAAAGUAGCAAAGUUUUGUCAAGAGGUGAUAAAAGUAGAUCUUGACUUUACUUGCAGGUCUUUUGUACUACAUCUGGGUUGGCCUAGAAUUUCAAGAAGCAAAAAAGAUAUAGUGAUUCACAUCUUAACGGAGACCAAAGCAACAUUAGCGAGAUACUGGAAAUGAUCUGAUUCCCCAUCUUGGGAUAUGAUAAAAUAUCAGGUCCUGAACCAUUGCAAAAUGGAGAUUGGAAUCCUGAGACAAGAUAAUUAUACUAAUUCUAGAAUAGAACAAUGAGAGGAAUGGGUAAAAAAAUUAAUCCCUACAUAAGAAAAACAAUUGAAUCUGUUAUUGGAUCUUGGUACAGUAUGUAUAUUGGACAUUAUUGUUAAAUAUAGGUAGUGAAUAAUAACUUACAUUUUUUUUGAGAAGAAUCAAAGAUGAUAAACUUAGUAUGACAAAUAACUAACGAAUAUAGAGACAGAUUAGAAAAAUGUUUUAAUAAAUUUAUAUCUUAGAGAGCUAACACUGUUGAUAUGUUCAUAAGGUUGUUUCUAUAUUUUCAUAAGGUUGUUUCUAUAUUUUGCUUCUCUAUAUAAAGCUGUCUUUUGGCUAUUUAUAGUGUAUAUUUUAUUUAAAAAGGGAGAAUAAAAGAGAGAAAGUAAACGGAAAAGGGAAAAGAAAAGGGGAAAAUAUCACGCCCUAUAGUAAGGCACCAUCUGUCAGGAUUUAUAGCUCUCAGCAUAGCAUAACUUUAUGUUUGUAUGUUUUUAUGUUUACAUGAUUUGUCAUAGACAGUGAAUAACUAUUUAAGGUCCUCUCAAGUUAAAGUGAAGAUACUAAAUUUAGUAUGUCGUCUAAUUUAUAAAUAAGGUGAUAAUUAAGGGUAAUAAAUUUAAAAUGUGGUAUCUUAGAGUGCUAGAACUGUCGGAAUGUAUUUAUUGUUGUAUUGUUUUUUGUUUAUAUUUUUAAAUGUAAGUCUUUUAUUGUGAUAAAUUUUCAAAAAAUGAUAAAAAAUAAUGAAAUGUCAAAAAAAUAAUAAUAAAACCAAUGGAAAAUAUAUGAGAUACAUGCAACUUGGCUUAGAAAAUAUUGUCCACCAAAGUUCAGUGAUCAGUCGAGGAAGACUUGAGUUACAUUAGCAACCAAAAGGUGAGUCAAAACUAUGAAGAAAAGGGAGAGAACUAUAACUGCAUUUGGAAAAAACAUUCCCGGGACAAUUGGUCUUCACAGGUGCAUGGUAAGAAGCCAAUUGCAGAAAAAAACAAUCAAGACAUGUACAUGUACAAUUGUUUUUGGUAAACAAGUGUUCCGUAAUUCUUUAAUUCAAUACACCACCUGUUGCAAUCAUGGAUCACUUCACCAGGUAGUCUAAUCUAGUACUGGUUAGGACCUCUCUCUUCUUCUUCAUAACAGUUUUCUUUAUGACACAGAGUGAAUACGUUUCUGGAAACAUCACUUUUAGGAUUCCUAUCCAUGUAGACUUGAUAGCAUCACACAGUCCUUCCAGAGAUUUUGGCCACGCUUUCCUUCUAUAAAACUCACAUUCCAUCUCAUUUCUAAAGUGCUGUUUUGGAUUGAGAGCCUGCGAUUAUGUAACAUUAUGUGGCAUGAACUGAGAUUUGUCAAGCCACAAACAUUUUUUUUACCAAUCUUCUGUUGUCCAUUUAAAGGAAUACAUCUUGCCGGAGUGCUUUAUGUGUUUGGAGUCCGUCAUAUUUGUGACCGUUUAUAAAAGUGCAGAUUCCAAAAGAAAUCUACUUGCUUAGAAUUGUUUUUUUUUUGCUGCUGUAAGCUCUACAGAGCUAAUGAAUGUGGCAGGUACGUUAGGCUACAGCGGGUCUGCCUUGCCCUUACCCUGACCCUCUUAACCUAUAAGUCUAGUUCUCCUAUUCCUAAACCCUCUAACCGUUAAUGUUAGUCAUUUCUUACCAUACAACCUAUAACCCUAAUAAUCCUAAUCAUAAAUGUCCUUAUUCAAUUAAUUCUAAAUCCUUUAAAGUAACACUAUUAGCACCAUAACAACUACAUCACAAUAUGAUUAUGGCCCUGACACCCUCCUCCCCAUCAUAAGGAGUCAACACAUUUUAGAAUGAGUCUAUGCCUUACCUGGGUACCACUACGUACCUCCACUACUUUCAUAACAGUAGUGGUUAUGUUGCUUGGAGUGUUAGUUUUAUUCUCCUAGCCCCAAUUAUUCCCUAACUGAAAUUCUCCUAUCAAAAAUCCUAGAAUCCCAAAGCUGGAACAUGAUUUGGUCUUCUCUGAAAUGCACGGACAUUUAUUUUUAUCCCAGCUCAGUCCUUUUUAUUGAACAAUCUCAAUUUUUAUCCCUGUGUCAGCUCAAUGCCAGCCUGUUGCUUUGUGUAAAUUAAUGUCUUAAACAGCUAAAAACUACAAGCGUGUCUCCAUAAAAAGGUUACAAAUAAACAAUCAAAGCCACUCACUAUAUAAUAAAGGGGAUAGCAGUAAAUCCCAUAACGAUUCUCAACAUUGUGAACAAAUGUGUAACAAAACAAGCAAACAGAAAUGGAUUAAGUGUGUUACAGUAAGGAACAGAUAAUGUAAUCACUUACACAUGGUUAUAUGGUAAUGGUGAUACAUGCAUAUACAUUACUAUAUGUAUUUACGUUUACCUAUAUACCCACGUGUAGGCGAUUGCAUUAUUUUUUUCCUUACUGUAACACAGUUUAUCCAUUCUGUUUGCUUGUUUCUGUAAAAGUCGUGUGAAAUAAACAGUUUAAUAUACAAAUUGUAUGAUAAUAGUUUCAGUGUCUGCUGUGUAAUGCAGCCUUAAUCUCUUGGAAGAAAACAUACUUCAUUAUAAUCAGACUUUUAAUAUUAUACUAUGAAGAUAAGUUAACAUAUCAGUCUUUUUUCACAUCUUCAAACAAGUUAUGUGCAAGCAUUAUUUCAGUUCAAAAAACCACAAUGAAAACACGGCAGUAAACAUUUAUUGUACACCCAUUUCAAAACACGCCCCAGGACUAAAAGGUAAAGAAACAUCUAGCUUCUACUAGGGACUGUCCCUAGAAUUCCGAGAUAGUGUGCAGUUAUUUAUUAUCCCUCUGAGCAGUGACAACAGGCAAUGAAAAUGCACAUCACGGGAAAAGUUAACAACAAUAAAGUUAGUCUCAAAAUAAUUAUUAUUUUCAACACAGUCUUCAAAAUUGUUGCUUUCUUCUUUGAAUUGAUAGAUAAUGGCUAUGGAACAGGGUAUACUUAAUAUAGGUACUCCCCCCUCUUAUAAUAUUGUAAAGCGCUACAGAAUCUGUUGGCGCUAUAUAAAUGGCAAUAAUAAUAAUAUGGUACUGCAGUUCUCUACAGUCACGGCUCGUGAGAAAUAUUCAGUAAGAGGUGUGCGUAUAAAUCUCACCUGUUAAAGUAUCAAAAACUGUAAUCAAUGUACAUUAAUGGACAGGACUGACAUCAACUUUGGGGUGCUCGCAGGGCCGGACUGGGGAAAAAAUUAGGCCCGGGCAUUUUUCAAUCAGAGCGGCCCCCUAAGAAGGGGGCGGGGCCAGAGAGGGUGUGUUUUGUCAUCACUAAUGACAAGCACGCCUCCUCUCAAAGUGAGCAUGUUGGUUCAAUGCGCAGAGCUGCGCUGAAGAGCUCUGGCAUUAGAAAAAGGCCCUGUAUUUGUUCUGCGCAGCGCAAGCAAAUUUAAUAAUAUGCUUGCGCUGUGUUUGCUUUUAAAUUGUCUCUGGUGUCUCAACAAGUGGGAUACCAGAGGACAAAAGGGACAGGAAAGUGUAUGGUGCAUGUGUUUGGAGCCUGCUUGUGGGAUUGCGUGUGUGUAGAGUGUGGUGUGGUAUUGUGUAAAUAGGUCAAUUUCAUAUGUGUUUGUGGUGUAAUAUGUGUGGCUAGGGGCUGUAGAGAGUGUGUGUAUAGGUGGCAUAGUGUUAUAGGGGAUGUAGCGAGUGUGUGCAUAUGGCUGUAGUGUGUGUGUAUAGGUGACUUAGUGUGUGUAGGGGUUGUAGAGAGGGUGUGUUUAGAGAAUGUUGUAUGUGUUUGCUGACAAGGAAUGUAGUGUGUGUGUAGGUGGUGCAGUGUGUGUGUAGGAGAUCUAGUGUGUAAAGGACCGAGAGUGUGUAUAGGAGAUUGUGUGUGUGUGUGUAUAGAGGAUUAAGAGUGCAUAUAAGGUAAGGGAUCUAGCGUGUAUCUGGAGCGUAAUGUAUGUAGUGCUGUAGUGUGUGUGUGUGUGUGUGUGUGUGUAUAUAUAUAUAUAUAUAUAUAUAUACAUACAUAUAUAUAUUUGGACGUAUUUUAUGUGUGAGGGGCACAGUGUGUGUGUAUGUAAGAGGGGUGCUGUGUGUGAGGGUGUUUUUAUCUGCCGUCACAUUCUAAUUUUCUUUGUCUGUUAACUCACUGAGGGUUAUUUUAUAUAUUAUAUAUAUAUAUAUAUCUGUAAAUAUAUAUAUAUAUAUAUAUAUAUAUAUGUGUGUGUGUGUGUGAGCGAGGGUGCUGUGUGUGAGUGAGGGUGCUCUGUGCCUGAGUGCGCUGUGUGUGUCUGGGUGCGCUGUGUGUGUCUGGGGGUGCUGUGUGUCUGGGGGUGCUGUGUGUCUCUGGGGGUGCUGUGUGUGUCUGGGUUCUGUGUGUCUGGGGGUGCUGUGUGUCUGGGGGUGAUGUGUAUGUCUGAGGGUGCUGUGUGUGAGUGAGGGUGCUGUGUGUGAGUGAGGGUGCUGUGUGCCUGAGUGCGCUGUGUGUGUCUGGGGGUGCUGUGUGUUUCUUCGGGUGCUGUGUGUGUGUCUGGGGGUACUGUGUGUCUAGUGCUGUGUGUGUCUGGGGUGCUGUAUGUCUGGGGUGCUGUGUGUUUCUGGGGGUGCUGUGUGUUUCUUGAGGGUGCUGUGUGUGUCUGGGGGUACUGUGUGUGUCUGGGGGUACUUUUCGUGUGUCGGGGUGCUGUGUGUCUGGGGUGCUGUGUAUGUCUGGGGGUGAUGUGUGUGUCUGGGGUGUGUGUUUCUAAAGGUGGUGUGUCUGGGGUACUGUGUGUGCCUGGGGGCGCUGUGUGGCGUCUGUGGGUGCUGUGUAUGUCUGGGUGCUGUGUGUUUCUGGGGUGCUGUGUGUUUCUGAGGGUGCUGUGUGUGUCUGGGGGUACUGUGUGUGUCGGGGGUGCUGUGUGUCUGGGGGUGCUGUGUGUGUCUGGGGGUGAUGUGUGUGUCUGGGGGUGCUGUGUGUUUCUGGGGGUGAUGUGUGUGUGUGAGUGUGAUUUUUUAAUUUAAAUUAUUUUUUUAUUUUAUUAAUAAUAAUAAUUUUUAAAAAAGUUAUAUCCCCCCCCUCCCUUCUUACCUUUAGCCUGGGAGGGGGGGGGGGACCGUUUUGCCUGGGACGGGGGGGGAGCCGUUCUGCCAGGGAGGAGAGCCAUGCUGCCUGAUCCCUGGUGGUCCUAGUGGUGAGCGUGAACUCUAGCCUGUAGGCUAGAGUUCACUCUCGCGAGAUCUGAGCGUUGCCGCGGUAACCGCGGCAACGCUCAGAAUCCCGCGAGAGGACCCGGCGGAGCUGCUGGAUAGAGCUCCGCGGGUCCUCUCCUCCCUCCCUCACACCCCAGCAAGCGGCCGCCUGGAAGUGUCUCUGGGCCGGUAAAGGGAGAUCUUUGAUCUCCCCACCGGCCCAUGGAGGCACACAGCGGGGCCGGCGCUCGGGUAGCGCUGGCCCUGCAGGAGCCGGCCGGGGAGAUCCUGUGAUCUCCCCUGCCGGCCUCGGCCCCACGGCCAUCGCGGCCCACCGGGCAUUUGCCCGGUAUGCCCGAUGGCCAGUCCGGGCCUGGGUGCUCGUCAAACCAAUGAUAAAGAACUAAUGCAAUUUAGGUAAAGUUAGUAGUUGCAAAAGAGGGAAAAAAUACAUGUACGGUAUACCAGAGGCUGUAAAUUAACCCAGAGUGUCCCUUUAAUAAAGAACGUGGAAAGGAAUAUGUAAUAAGAUAAUUAUACCUCGCCAUUUAUAUGUAGAGAGGGCCCUGGUGUAAAACAUUCUAUUGGUUCUUGCUUUCAAAUCGCUACAUAAUGCUGCUCCCACCUAUCUACCCUUAUACACAAGUAUGUCCCGUCUAGGCCCUUACGAUCUGCUGAAGACUUACGUCUAUCUUCUGUCCGCACUCCCACCUCUGAUGCUCGCCUUCAAGACUUCUCAAGGGCUGCACCGUUUCUAGGGAACUCACUUCCCUCCUCCGUUAGAUGCUCACCCAGUCUCCCCACUCCUUCAAAACAAAUGUUAAAAACCCACUUCUUCAUAAAAGCGUAUCAAUUAAACUGUUACUAGCUCCUGACUGAUUCCUCUUCUGCAACUGUCACUAGUCUAAUACUAUCCUUACCUUUUUGUGUCAUUUUACCCCACUCCCUCUAGCAUGUAAGCUCAUUGAGCAGGGCCCUCAACCCCUCUGUUCCUGUGUGUCCAACUUGUCUGGUUACAACUACAUGUCUGUUCGUCCACCCAUUGUAAAGCGCUGCGGAAUUUGAUGGUGCUAUAUAAAUAACAUAAUAAUAAUAAUAAUAAUAAUAAUAAUAAUAAUAAUAAUAAUAAUUAGCUGUCCUCUAGCACAAGGCUGUCCAAAAAGGGAAUCUCCAUCUGUCUUAAAACUCCCACAAUACUUUUCCAGCUAGGUAUCUACCAUAUUCUUGUUCUUGCAGGGUGUAUAUGUGAGCAUUGUUUGAAUGUCUACAUGUAUUGUAUGGAGUAUGCGUGUGAAUGUAUUGGUGUAUUUAUGCAUAGUGUUGCAUGUACUGUUGCAAUUUCAAAGCGGUGGUAUAUUUGUGUGUAGUGGUUUUGUUUCAAUUCCGGUGCCUUGUUUGUAUGCAGUGUUUGUGUUGGUGUUUGUAGUGUUGGUGUUUGAAUGCUGGUGUAUGUGCACAUUUAUACAUACACAGUCACACACACAUACUGACAAAUACACACACACAUAUACACAUUGACACACACAGGUCAUAAUUUAUGUAUUUUAGCCAUCCUCCUGUUUCCAUGCAAUUCCAAGAAGGAUAUUUUUCCAUUUUUGUGGCAUAUUUGUAAAUGACUACAAUUGAGUUUUUGCCUUUUUUGGAUCAAUAGCAUAAAAUAAUGGGCUUCAAGGUUGAACUUGAAGGACUCUAGUAAUAUGGUGAAUUUUCAGGUGUUGUUCCUUUAAAAGUCAAAUACUUUUCUAUCACAGAGACAUGUUAUGCUAUGUACUGUUAUGUUUAGGAUAUUAUUGACAAUGGAUUAUUAAUUAAAUAUUAAUAAAAAAUAAUGUCCUCCUAAGUUUAUCAUGGAUCCCGGAAUCAACAAUCCUUCCUUUGUCAUUCUUGCCACCAAUGCUUCUACUUUCGUCAAGUCGCUGGAUACAGGUUCCCAUAUUGGUUAUAAGAACCUUUAUUCUGAUUACUAUGUUCAUUUAAAGAUAGCACUUAAUGUUACAUAUAACACACAGACUCCAUAAAUAUUGCAAUAAUCAUGCUUGUUGAACAUGUAUAUUUUAUGUGUGAAUUGCCACUAGUGUGUUUUCACUUUGCACUUUUAUGCAGUAGUGAUUAGCACAUUGCACUUCAUAUAUAAAUAUACAUAAAAGUGCAAAGUGAAAACACACUAGCUGGUAAUUAUAGCUAAUGAUAUACACCAUAUUUUUUUGCUCCAUAAGACGCACCACACCAUAAAAUCCCACCUAGUUUUUAGAGGAGGAAACCCAGAAAAAAAAAUAUUCUGAACAACUGUCCUAUAGCAAGUUUUUAACACUCCCUCCCCUGUCCCAGUGUUCCUCCUACCACCAACACCCCUCUCUCCUGUCACAUAGUGAUCUGUAACCCCCCUCCCCUGUCCCAUAGUGAUCUUUAACCCCCCCUUUCCCAUAGUGAUCUUUAACCACCCCUUCCCCUGUCUCAUAGUGAUCUUUAAGCCCCCCUCCCUUUUCCCAUAGUGAUUUUUAACCACCCCCCAUCUUAUAGUGAUUUUUAACCCCUCCUCCUCAUCCCAUAGUGUUCUUAAGCCCCCCUCGCCUGUCCCAUAGUGUUCUUUAACCUCCCCUCCCCUUGUCCAAUAGUGUUCUCCCCCCCCCUUGUGUUCUCCCUCCCCUCAUCCCAUAGUGUUCUCCCCUGUCCAAGCGUUUCUCCCCCUCCUCUUGUCCCAUACUGUUCUCCCCCCUCCUCUCAUCCCAUAGUGUCCCCCCACCUCCCCUUGUCCCAUAGUUAUCUUCCCUACAGUUACCUGUAUUGUAGUGUGGGCCGGCAGAACACCGCGCACCGUGGUACAGGAACUUAAAUUUCAGUUUCCAGACAUACUGAAAAUAAGUGUGCAUACUGAAUGCGCACUUCUUUUCAUUCUGGCCAGAAACUGAAAUUUGAGUUCCUGUACCGCGGUGCGCGCUGUUCUGCCGGCACACGCUACAAUACAGGUAAGUAAAUUUUCACAUUCGCUCUAUAAGAUGCACAGACAUUUCCCCUUACUUUUGAGGGGGGGGAAAAAGUACAUCUUAUAGAGCGAAAAAUACGGUAUACAGUUUGUAGGUUUAGCACUCCAGCUUCCCAGUCUUAUAGCCCGGAGGUCGACUGCACUGCAUACACCAAAAAAAUAAAUUAGCCAGCACUCUAAGUCUUGUGAAAAAAUAAGAUUUUCUUUAUUGAAUUGAAGAUCCCACAGAAGGUCAACGUUUCAGUUCAUAUUAGAACUUUCAUCAGGACAUAUAUAUAUAUAAUUAGUUAUUGCUUUUGUGUGGGUAAUUCCUCCCUAUCAAUUGUUCUGACUCUACUGAUGGUGUUCUCAGCACUAUUAAUACAUUGUUCACUCUUUCCUGACAUAGGGUGGAUAAAGCCACUUACAGGGUUAUUAGCUAAAUUGAGAAAUAAAAGUGAAUUUGAAAAUGUUUCCAAGUCUGCUACUUUGUCCUUAAACACUUCAAUACAAAAAUAAAUUAGAAACAUUUUUAUUUUCCUGUAUUUUGCAGUAUGAAUCUAGUAUAAAAUAGCCUCAUUCACCCUCAUUUAUACUCUAAUUAUAAUUACCAGCCUGUAGAGGAACAAAUGUUUCUCCCAGAAGCGACUCGUUACUGAUAUAAUACCUGUAAAGUUGCGGAAAAUGUAAGCUCACUCCCUGCUUUUUAAACAGUGCAGUUCAUUUUAAUGGGCCAUAUCAUUCCUACUGUCAGGGAAGGUGAGAGUAGUGAAUGGACUCAUUUUACUGUUAGUAUUACAUUAGCAGUCUAUAGGUUGAAAAAGAUUGCUAUAGAAGUUUUACCUAAUUUUUGUUUUAGAAAUAUAUGAUUUAACUCUGUUUACUGUAUGUAGGCAUUAUGCUCAAAUGCAGACAUUCUAUUUAAAUGUUUUGUAGCCCCAAGAAAAAAGCGCAGCUUAGCAGAGGGGGCCUUGACAGGGCUUGGAGGUGGGCUUAGGUGGAGCAGGGUUGGUCAUUGACAGAUAAGGAUUCUGGGUAGGCUGAUAUAAAUGUCGGCCAUUUUAUAACACCUCAUUACUAAUUGACUUACCAGGCUGAAUUGGUCCCUCCCUCACUUUAGUGUUGGGUUUUAUUUACCCACUUGGUCAGAGCGGCGGGCUAGUGGAAGUAAAGUUAAGGGGGUAACGGGCCUGCUUAAGGAAGUUAGAGCAAGAGUAGUGAGUUGGCUGUUUCAAUAUGGACUGGUUACCUGUUGGUAAGAUGUUGGUGGUUUCAAGCUCGUUGGUAGCUCAGAACCCAGGUGGUGUAAGGGUAUCAAGGUAUACCCCUGUCAGGAUUGUGUGGAAAAUGUUGGAUCUUGUUUUGUUAUACUUAUGGAUUGUUAUACAAUGUUAUAUUAUAUAUAAUGCGUCAUUGCCUUGCGAAUUGAUAUGUGGAAAAGUGAUAAUGAUGGAUGGCUGAGGAUGUGGGGGUGGGCAGCUCCUACAGCCCAUAUGGCGACAAUGCACCUGUCAUGCCAUUUUCUGUAAGUUGUACUCCUAGUAAUGUCUUCAAGGGCCUUACAAAUACGUAUAAGCAAUGUAUUUGACAAUAGUUAUUUAUCAAUUUUUGUCACACUUUCUGUGUGUGCGAAAAAUUGCAUUUUUGCUUUUGUAUUAACAUUUCAGGCCUACUUCUGAGAUAUUUCAAGAUAAAGGACACUGUCUAAAUCUUUUCAUUUCCCAAAUGUAUUUAUAAAGGAUGAACAAAUAAGUGAAAAAUCAAACCGGUAUUGUACAUUUACACAAUUCUAUUUUUGAAGUAGGUCUAUUCACAAAAUUGUUUUGUUGUGAUAUGUUUAUAUGCCAGUUAUGCACCCCUUACUUUAAAUGUUAUGCCAAUAUUUUCUUUUUAAUCAAAAAGUGCUUAGAAGUGAAGGGGUUAAAUAUGAAAUUUACUUUGAAUUUGCACUUUCAUGAAUAACCCGGUUCAUGUUAAAAUAAUGCAAGUUCAUCCUCACUUGGUUGUUCUAAAUAAAUCCAUUUACUGUAGAGUCAUUUUAAUGACUAAUCUUUCUAAAAAUGACACAUAAUACACUUAUGUUAGUCAAGCCAAAACUUCCUUAAUUCUGUGCUUUUACAAUAAACGUUUUGUAUUUUAUUACAGUCAAAUUUCAUGAUAGUAUAUAAAUAGUAUAGUUCUGAAAACUUUUAUUUAUUUAUUUUGCCCACUCCCAAAACAUUAUUGUUCCUUUUUCUGACAUUUAUUUUGGCAAAGGAACCUGAUUCUUACCUCUAAAAAGUUCUUAGUUUUUGGUACUGGAUCUCUUCCCAAUCAUGGAAACGAAUGCUCGCUGCUCAUGCCCAGUAAGCCAAAAGCAAAGUCAAUUGGACUGGGCAUGCGCGGUGCUCGGGGAAGGAAAAAAGGCUGGGUUGCAAGAUUUCAGAGGAAUGACGUGAUGGAAAGGUGAGUAUUUAGACGUGACUUUCCUUAAGCUCCACCCAUUGUCAAGAUUUGUCAACCACUGAAAAAAAUACAUAAAACAAAGUAGCCCUUACUUUGUUUUAUGUUUUGAAAAAUAAAUAGUUCCAGAAAGAAAAACAAAACCAGAAAGAGGAAGAGAAGAGGAAACAAUUGGCGAAAGGUAUGUUUUUGGUCGCAUUGCCUCUUCCAAUGUUCCCUCUAAUGUGAUUAAACCAUUAAAAAAAAAAUAGCAUGCAAAUUACAUUGCGGCACGCUAUUUUGGAGAUCUGUAAAUAUUAAGAAUAUACAAAAACCGUACUCAGCAUUGCUAAGUAUAAGUCUUCACAAUGCAUUUCUCUAAGGAAUUCUCUAUGAAGUUAUUCAGUACUGAAUUGUUCAUCAUGUACAGGACACCAUUAAUCGUAUGGCUACGGCUAUACUGAAGGCAGUUCCCAAAGAGCUUGCUAUCUAUGUAUUUUUUGGGGAUUCCUUCCGUUCAUACCUCAUUUGUCUAGCACUAGCAGAUGGGGAAUAAUUGGGGUCCCUUGAAAAGUCAGGUAGUUUCCAGUGCUGGCAAAGCUCCCCAGAACUUCCUGUAAACUUACGUGCCAAAGCAUCCAUGAGAUAUGUUUACAAUUGCCUAAUAUGUGUGUUUUCAGACUGUUCAGUGUUAUCUCAUGGAAGCAUAAUGAUAAGACAAUGGGUUUAAUGCAUCAUAAAAUAAAGGGAAAUUUCAUAGUUUAGCAAAAUACAAUUAAAUGAUUGUUAUUGUUGAUAGGAGUUUAACAAUUCAGCCCUGCUGAUGAGCCACUGGCGAUUUCUCUGCGAUCACAAUCCCACCACUUCGAUACUAUUCAAAAACCCUUUGUCCAUUUAUUGAAUCAGUGAAAAAUGCCCUAUACCUUAUGUUAAAACUAAAGUUUAAGCAAUCACAAUUCUACAGAACAGCUAUUGAAGCUUUAACCCCUUAAGGACUGAGCCAAAUGUACACGUUGUGAUCAAAACAAAACGUAAACAAAAACUUGAAUUUGCGCUAUAUGUCUGUUCAGGCGUAAUUCACCUCUUUCAUAUUAUGUGCACCCACACUUAUUAUAUAUCAUUUUAUUCAGGGGAAACAGGGCUUUCAUUUGACAUCAAAUAUUUAGGUAUGAAACAUAAUUUAAUAUGAAUACAAAAUGGGAGAAAAUAAUUUUUAAAACUUUUUUAGUUCUACGUGACAUUUUAACUGUGAAUGUCAUAAUACUCUUUGCUUUUACUGCAAUAAAAUACACAUAUUUGUAUUCAGCGAUGUCUCAUGUGUAAAACAGUACCCCCUAUGUACAAGUUUUAUAGUGUUUUGGGAAGUUACGGGGUCAAAUAUAGCAUGUUACAUUUUUUUGUUUUUUCACAUUGAAAUUUGCCGGAUUGGUUAUGUUGCCUUUCAGACCGUAUGGUAGCCCAGGAAUAAGAAUUACCCCCAUGAUGGCAUACUAUUUGCAAAAGUAGACAACCCAAUGUAUUGCAAAUGGGGUAUGUUCAGUCUUUUUUAAUAGCCACUUGGUCACAAACACUGGCCAAAGUUAAUGUUAAUAUUGUUUGUGUGUGAAAAAUGCAAAAACUAAUUUGAAUGCCAAUUUUGGACAGUCUUUGUGACUAAGUGGCUACAAAAGAAGACUGAACAUUUGCAAUACCUUGAGUUGUCUACUAUUGCAAAUGGUACGCCAUCACGGGGGUAAUUUUCAUUCAUGGGCUACCAUACGGUCUCAAAGGCAACAUAACCAACCUGGCGAAUUUCAAUGUGAAAAAACUGAAACGCAAGCCUUAUAUUUGACUCUGUAACUUUUGAAAACACCAUAAAAGCUGUACAUGAGGGAUACUCGGGAGACUUCGCUGAACACAAAUAUUACUGUUUCAAAACAGUAAAACGUAUCACAACAAUUAUAUUGUCCGUGUAAGUGCCAUUUGUGUGUGAAAAAUGCAAAAAUUUCACUUUCACCGACGAUACCGUCGUUGUAAUACAUUUUACUGUUUAGAAACACUAAUAUUUGAGUUCAGUGAAGUCUUCCGAGUAAAACAGUACCCCCCAUGUACAGGUUUUAUGGUGUCUUGGAAAGUUACAGGGUUAAAUAUAGUGCUAGCAAAUUAAAUUCCCUGGACUUUUUGGGUUGUCAGACAGGUCCCGCAAAUUGUAAUUAAUAAAAUGACCUAAUUAUGUAACAUUAUUACAUAAAUAUAUAUGUAGAAUUAUUAUAUAUAUAUAUAUAUAUAUAUAUAUAUAUAUAGAUAUAUACUUGUGUAUAUAUCUAUAUAUAUAUAUAUAAUUUUUGUAAAUUAUUUUUAUUUAUAAAUAGGUAUAUAUAUAGUGAUAUAUACGUAUAUACUUAUGUAUAUAGAUAUAUAUUAUUUCAUUCUACAUUUAUUUUGAUAUAUGUAUAUAUAUUAAUUUUAAAAUACAGUUAGAACGAAAUUACAAAUAUAUUUAAAAAAUUAAAUUUUUAACGUAUUUACCUAUUUAUUUUAUAUUAUAUAAAUAUAUAUAUAAUGAAAAUUAUAUAUAUAUAUAUAUAUAUUUAAUCAGUAUCAUUGUACGUGUAUUUUGAUAUUAAUAUAUUAAUAUAUAUUUAUAAUUAUAUAUAUAUAUAUAUAUAUAUAUAAAUAUUUAAAUACACUUAGACAGUGUAUGUAUAUGUGUAUAUAUAUGCUAAGAUCAUAUAUAUAAUAAAUAUAUAUAUGAUCUAAGUAUAUAUUUUAUUUUAAACUGUUAUUAAAUCUUUUAUUUUACAGUUUUCAGGCACUCCCCCUGCUGGCACUGACAUGGAUGGCUAUGCCGUCCAUGUGAUCGUGAGGUCCUCGCAAGGACCUCGGGAUUACAUGGCCCAGGAGGGCCGAAGAGGAAGUAGGGGGACUCCAUGGGCUCCCAGGUGAGUCCCAACACCGCGAUCGCCGGCGUGGGAUCGCUGACGACUGGAUAUGUACAUAUGAUGGCUUGGGCUUUCUAUGCCGCCCACCAGCAUUUACAGCCGGGUCCCCAAGGACGGCAUAGAAUGCCCACCGUCCUUAAGGGGUUAAAGGGGAACUGUUGCAUCCCAGUAUUUAUAAUAUGAUGUUACUUAUCCCUCUAUUGAACAAAUAUGUAUUUUUGAGUUGUGAAAAAUUAAAUUAAACAUAGAAAUCCCUACAACUGGGUGCUCCAUCUUAGCUCCCUAUCAAUCACUGUUAUAAAGUGUAUCCUAUGUAACUGACAGUCAGUAUAGAUAUUACAUACAGAUAGAGAAAAUAGACUAUUUCAUCAACAACAAAAAAAGGUUAACACGGUACCGGUUACCGUUAAUGGGACCAUUGGACAAAUUCAACAUCUAAACGGAUUUGAAAAAUAAUGAAAAAUAACCUAUACAAAUUAAAAACAUGAACAUAGCAAACACCACACACACUUCCCUUGACUUUAUGAUAGGUACAAACAACAAAACCUAUACACACGGACAGGGCAAACACCACAAACACUUCCCUUGACCUCAUGAUAGGUACAAGCAAUAUGACCUAUACACAUGGACAGAGCAAACACCACAAACACUUCCCUUGACCUCAUGAUAGGUACAAGCAAUAUGAUCUAUACACAUGGACAGGGCAAACACCACAAACACUUCCUUUGACCUUGUGAUAGGUAUAAGCAACUGUUAUUUAUUAAUGUGAGAAUUCAAGGUGAAUUCAAAAUGAAUUUCAAAUUGAAGGCCAAAGCAGCCAUACUGGAAAAAUUUUCAGCUAGGUUAAUUCAGAUAUUUUGGCCUUCGAUUUGAAAUAGAAUUUGAAUUCACACUUAAGAGAUGAACCCUGUCAAUAAUUAUUGCUCAUAUUCAGUUAAAGGGACACUAUAGUCACCCAGACCACUUCAGCUCAAUUAAGUGGUCUGGGUGCCAGGUCCCCCAGGUUUUAACCUUUCAGAUGUUAACAUAGCAGGGUUAAUCCAACCUCUAGUGGCUGUCUGCCUGACAGCCACUAGAGGCGCUUCUGCGACGCUGGAUGCGAAAAUCGCAUCCAGUGUGCAGAAUGUCCAUAGAAAAGCAUUGAGAAAUGUUUUCCUAUGGACUGUUUGAAUGCGUGCACGGCUCUUGCCGCGCAUUCGGCUCCACUCGGGAGCUGACGUCGGCAGGGGAGGAGAGGUCACCAGCACCGAGGGAGCCCGGUGCUGGAUUAAGGUAAGUAGCUGAAGGGGUUUUAACCCCUUCAGCCUAGCGGGAGGGGGACCCAUAGGAUUGUAUAGUGUCAGGAAAACGGGUUUGUUUUUCUGACACUACAGUGAUCCUUUAAAGAAAAAAUAAGCACUGUAAAAAAAACAUAACAAGUUAAAAUAACUACGUAAAAAUUUUGCACAAUGCCUUAAAUGUCUGUUUUCCAAUAGUCUAUGAAUUUUGGGUUGUGAUCUCAUGAAAAACUGUCAUGUGAUUCUGUACAAAAGUCAGAAAAUAUUAUUUAUCAGUUAUUGACUAGUUUAUACUUUACACCAAUAUCAAUAGAUUACCCUUAUUGGAAUGUUUUGUUUUUUUAGACUGAUAAAGCAAAAUAUCAAAAUAAUUUUAUAUAAAAAGAAAAAGGUUUUAUUAAUAUUUGCUUAUAAGAUCUCCCACACUCUGCCUUCCUGCCCCAGCACUAAACAGGAAUUGGCCAAUCUGGUGAAAUGUAGACAGUAAACAGUGUAGACAGGUCCCCAUUCUGAGAUCCAAACCAGACCCACUAUGUCUCCCAUCUUUUCAAGUAAUGCAUAGAGACCAUCAACAUGUAACUUCAGGAUAAGGUUUUGCCCUCUCCUCACUGGACAGGCAUAUAUCAACUCCUGAAACUCUUCCUUCUUGCUUGCUGGAAUCAAUACGUCUAGGAGCUCCUAAUACCAACUUUGCAAGGAUGGUUUUGUCUCACAGGUCCAACUGAAUAAGCUCUUAACACACAGGUCCAACAAGUCUGUCACUUAUACACCACAAGGCUUAGCCUUUAACAUGUUUAUUCUAAACUGAGGUAGUUUGACUACAGUCUGUUCAAAAACACAAGGUCACAAGUUCAAAUUCCACCAGUGUCGAUAAAUAAGUACCAUCAGUUUAUAAUAAUUAAGCUGCCAGUUAAUUCUGAAAUGUGCUUUGAGUAUCACUGGGAGAAAGGUGCUAUAUAAAUACUAUUAUAUGUAAAAACAGAGAACAAAUAUCCAAUUCCAGAAUAUAAUAAAAUAUCUCUUAGUACCUGAGUAGGUAAAUGAGAACAUCAAAAUAUAAAGAAGUGGGUCUGCAACAAUCAGAAUAUUCAAAUAUAUGCAAACUAGACAAGAGUUCAACGUUCUCACUACAAUGUUAGAAAAGAAAGUCUUCAAUGACAGUGACAUUUAUAACAUUCUGUUAUCACCUGUGUCUCAAAUUGCUAUUUUUGAUUUACUGAGCCAACAUGAAUGCAUGGCAUCGAAUGCAUGAAUAAAUGGAUGAAUUAAUGAAUGGCAUAUGUGAAGCAUUUUCUAUUGAUGCAGCCCCCAGACUGCCACAGGAUUUGGUAUUUUAUUGGUGCCCCUUUUUUCCCACCAGGGGACAAUAAAAUGGGAAAGCAUGGCAUGACACUCACAUGUACAGGACACUGUGAAAUGCGCAUCAAUCACACCUCCAGUACUUAGGUCCCUGCUUUCUAAAGAGUGAGAGACAUAUAAAGAGUAGAGAUGAAGCACAGGGAGUUUUCGUUGUAAACACCAUGCAUCUGUUUUUUUUUUUUUAAUGGUUCAUUAUUUGCAUGAUGCUUUGCUAAGUGCAUGGUUUCAUUUUUAGUAUGUCCUUCUGAGAAAACCGUGGGUUGCCUCAUGCUUAUUUACCAAUGGCUGAAGAACACUUGAUUUAGAAUUCUGAGAUAGAUCUAACAUCUAUUCUUAACCCUUUAAGGACACAUGACGUGUGUGACAUGUCAUGAUUCCCUUUUAUUCCAGAAGUUUGGUCCUUAAGGGGUUAAGCACCCACAAAGGUAAAUGCAAAUUUCUACAGCACAUUCUGAUCCCAUUUGAGGUCUGUUAAGUUAUCAAAAGUAGUCAUGAAUUGGGCUAUGAAAAAAAACUACAGAACAUCCUUAUGAGAGCAUUUUGCCCAGAUCAGUUGGAUACCUGCAGGCUAUGAUCCAGUUAAUGUCAUAGGAAUGAGAAGCAUGAAUAAUUAUUUUAUGAUCACUUGUAAUCUUAUCAAACAUAACAAGGCAUACAACUUUAAAGCUGUUCAGUAAAUAGUGAAAGCACAAAAAAAAAAACGAUAUUUGAUUAGGAGCUGAGUUGACUUGAGAAUGCCCCAGUGCAAGCCAUGUUUUAAAUGCUUAAAUCAAAAUCGUGAGAGACACUCCAACAGCCCAGGGUUGCAUUUUUUCAUAUUCUAUUUUUAUUGAAUGUGGUUCACUAGAGUUGUGAAGAAUAUGUUGGAUUUAAGUCAACUUUUGGAAUGUCACACGUAGGUAGAUAAAAUUUUACCUUUCGUUUCUCAUGUAAGAAAUGCACAUAUAGUAUGUGACACCUGUUUUCUUGCACACAAGGGCUUUUGACACACUUGGAAGAACUGCGUACAUAACAAACAUUCCAUGAAGGUACAUAAUCUCUCUUUUUACUCUAAUUUCAGGGGGCGCGCCUUCAUUUUUACAAUCUUUGUAUUCAUUUCCGAGCCAUGUCAUGCUGAACACACCACUUCUGCCAAUGUUGCUAAGCCCUGACUUGCAGAUCCAGGCAGAUAUCGAGGCAGCUACCCAAUCAGAUGAUGAUGGAGACACGUAAGGAUUUAGAAUCAACUACCUUAUUGAUUGUUCCUCUGCUAAUCCAUCCUUACUAGCUGUACCCCAAAUGAUUGUGUCUUUUUCAGCCAUAAAUUGUGCAAUGAACCUCCUUACCAAGCUCUUUACAGAUUUAUUUAUCAGUGCUCAAUCUGAUAUUCUGUUGGCCCAAUUUAAUAAGAAGUCUCUUCACCAGUCUGUGUAUUGUGCAGAAAUAAUGAAAGAUAUAUGUUUAAUGCCACCUAACUAAAAAUAGAAGAAUUUUCUGACUAGGCUGUGUCUCCAGCUCGGCUAGGUCCGAUUAUAACUUAGAAAUUUAGUUCUCAACAUUUCAGCAUUUACAGUGUUAUUUACUAAUUGGUGGGGAUUUAAAAUGUAAGGCCAAAAUAGCCAUUACUCACUUUAGUGAAUAAUCCUGUAAUUGUGCAACUAAGAUUUACACCUGCAUGCACUUCCUCUGAUUUCCUGCACGUAUGAAGCUCUUACUGUCAGGACAUUGGGUAGACACUGCAGAUUAAAUCUUGCCCUUUCCGCUAAAUUUAUUUAAAAAAAAAAAAAGAAAUUUAAUUCCGCAUGUCCGGGAGCUUGAUUUACCUGUUCUAUACCUUCAGGCACAAUGUUGAAAGCCAAAGACAAUUUAAUAGACUGGUGUAGAUCCACUGACUAUUCAAAAUAGAAUUUUACCAACGCAAUGUAGAUUAAAUAAAUAACUGAAGUUGAAGUAGAAGGAUGACAGAUAACAUAUGCAUUAAUAAGAGAUAAGCAUAUCUCAAGAGACACCAACAGUGGAACAAAGUUAAGGAAUGUCCAAAUCCUGGGUAUGCCUUUGGUAGGGAACCAUGCAUGUCAGAGAGCUGUGUUCAGUCACUCUGGUUAGUUUCGUUCUUGUAAUAUAACUGAAGAGGUUAGAUGUUUCUCGGUGAAGAACCCUGCAAACAGAAAUUGUAGGAAAUUCAAAGAGAAUUUACAAUGAAUUAAAAUUGUUACGCCAAAAUAGCUUAUUCUAAAACUUGGAGAAUUAUUUUUCAUUCAGCUAUUAUUCACUUUAAAUUACAGACAAUCCAUGCUAUAGCUCCCAUUUUAUUAAUACAUACUUAAUAUUAAUACUUAAUAAAAUGUACACUUACCUUAAAGGGACACUCUAAGCACUGAAACAACUAACAGGAUUAUUCAGUUAUGUGAAAAUUUUACAUUUUAGAUCAAAAUAGCAACAUUUUAAAAUGUUCUAUGUCAUCUAGGCUUCCAGUUGGCUACCUUGGCCUUCAAUUUGAAUUUGUCUUUAGUGAAUUACCCUGUUAAUCUUAAUGCAGUGAUUUGGGUACAUAGACAAUGCUUUUUUUUUCACACAAUGUGAAACAUUGCUGUUUAUGAGAAACUGUAAUGUUUACAUUUGUCCAAAACAACACCUCUAUUGGCUGCCAGACAGACAUCCACUAGAGGCUCUUCCUCCUUAAGACCUUUGAAAAUCGAAGAUUAUUACAUUCAGUAUAAUCAUUCCCAGCAUGAUUAUGCAAUAUGUUAAUUAUGCUUCUCAUUGGAUUAAGUGCUUCUCUAAGAGAAGCAUCUGACUGCUGGAUCAGUGUUACCACAUGAGUUUAAUUUGACUCAGAGUUUUUAGGUCUCAGAUUUCCUGUACCACACCCACAUGCCAAUUGCCAAUAAAGGCCUGGACGUAAUAUUUUUGAAUAAACUUUGCAAAUGAUUGAAUAUAUAUAAAAAUAUAUAUCCGCUGCCAGGUCCUUGCAGAGUUCUGCCAGCAUUUUUUUGAGCUGAUCCGCUGUGACCGGUUCCCUGGCCAUCUGUGAAUCAAUUUUGCAUCCAGGAGGUCCGUGGCAAAAUCCUCAGAGGAGUAUGAGGAUAGCUCGUCCGUCAGUGCCAUCUUGGCCCAUGCUGCCUGCUGCAUGCUCCUGAGCAUAUCUCCAAUAUCCUUCCCGUGGGGACUCUUUACGGCUUUUGCCUUCUUUGUUUUCCAGCCCAUGAUCUCCUCUCCUGUCGUGGGUAGGUUUUUUUUUUUUGCCUCGGAUUUCGCUCUAUAUUGUUAGAUUGCACGAGUUAGUGUCCGAGUUCCAAGAAGUGCAUCCGCUCCGUUGCCUUGCUUGCUCGGCCCCCCAUAUAGAUAUAUUUUUUAAUGUGACAUAUUUUUUGAUAUUUUAAUAAUUUGAAAUAAUAAUUUGAAAAGCUUAUUCAAAAAUAUUAAAUCAAGGCUAAAAUUAGCACAUCUCACAAUCAGAUUGCCUGUAGAGAAAAGAGCAAUAUCUUUGGCUUGAUUUUAGGGGUGCAUAUAAAAAUACAUACCUCAGAGUAGUAUUGUUUAAAAGAGAAACUGACACUUUCAAGGUUUUUAAAAAAGUUUAAUUAUAUUUAUCCCUGUAUUUAAAAAAAUAAAUAUUUGUGAGAUAUAAAAAUAAAUAAAUUAAAUGCAGAAAUAUGCACUUUUUUUAACCUGCAACUAGGUGUCUCCAUCUUAGCUACCUGUCAGUCAUGUUAGAAGCUCUGUCCUUUCCACUGUCAGUCAGAAUAGAAAACAUGAGGAGAAAUUAAACAAUCUUCUAUUUCUCCUCUUCAUUUACAAAGUUUGCAUUGGCUUUGCCUUAUCUGAACUGGAUUAUGAUGUAAUUUGUUAAGUCAUCUUCUGCAAAAAAAAAAAAGGUUAAUAUAAAUUACAGUUGAUUUUCAUUGUUUUAUAUAAUGUUGUAAAUUCCACAGAAGUGACAGUACCCCUUUAAAACACAGUCAUUAUAUUUGUGUUUUAUAGAAAUCCGUAAACUGUCGGCAGAUCCUUAGUAGCUGUUAAAUUGUUACACUGGAAGAUAAAUAAACAAACAAUUAUUAAUCUAUGUGGUCUUUUUUUUUUUUUACUUUGUAUAUAAUAUAUAUAUAUAAAAGAGAUAUUAUUUUAUAUUAUAUAUAAAAAUGUCUAAAUGGGCAUUAUCUAAAAACAGAGAAAUAUUAUUAAAAUUGCAGUUUUACUAAAUAUAGAAUGAACUAAAACACACCAGAGUGAUUUAAAAAUGGGACCCUUUUGUAGAUAUUGUUUUGUAUGUUAAGAACAAAAAUCAAUAAUCAAUGAUAAUCAUUGUAUUUUGGUGGAAUUAACAUAUUGAUUGCUAUUUUGGUCGGUAUCCUUUUACACGAGUGCAGACACGAAUGGCAAAACAUUUUAUCAUGGAAGCAUUUUAUGUCACUCCACAUGUCACUGUUUUGCCAGACAGUGUAUGUUGUGCUUGCGUGUGUCUGAUAUUUAUUAAAACGCAUGUGAUCUGGAAGCCAGCUGUUAAUGUUGUUACUGGAAGCGAUGGAAGGGAGUAGAGAAAUCACCCAACAUGCCGUAUAGAAACCACGCGUUUUCACCCCACUCCCCACCAACACUCUGCGACCACAGAUUUCCUCCUAGAACCUCUGCAUGCCCCCCUCCCCCAACUUGUUUACACAUUCUGCACUAUAUGACCACAGGAUUCCCCCUUUUCUUCCCAUGUUAAAUACUUAUAUCCUAUCACACAGGCAGUCCUUUUGCUCUCUUACCUCCUUUUCUAUGUACAUUUGGCCUUUGCUCCCACUCCAUCCACACCCUGUUAGUUUUGAAAUUGAUUUCGUCCUGUAUCUGACUAUUUCCUUGUAUUCCAUUGCAAUAUGUAAAUACUUCAACAAUUCCUAACCUUAUUUGUAUGUCAUGUUACUUCCUAGCAUUUCAAAUUCGCUAAGGAAUUAAUUUAUCCUUCCAUCCUUGCUUCCACACACCAGUCUCCUCACCUAUUAUCUGUCUAUCCCUUUGUUUUGUUUGUCUGUGGAGAUACGACUAAACUAACGCAAAAGAUCAACGUAUUUAAUUUGCUCAAAUGUUUUUUCUAAGCAUAUUUGUUGCAGUGCAAGCACACGUGAGUUAAACAGCUGAGGAGCUCUGUGAUUGACCCACAUACACCGCACAUUUUACUGAGAGUAUGAUUGUCCUGGGCACUCUUAGAACCAUUUAUAAAAUUAACAAAUUAUUGGGAGCUUGAUUGCCUGGAAGCUCUGUGAUACCAAAAACACAGCAUAUUACUGUGUGAGUUUUAUUGUUAUGGAGCGGUGGAAUAAACUAUAGAGGAAGGACACCAGGGUAAAAACAACAAACUUGGGCUAGACUUGGAGAGCAGUAUGUUGAAAUUGGAUGAUAUGUCAAAAUUGUAGUGUUCUUCUCCAAGAGGAGGAAUCUAUUAUAUGAAAGAACGUUACCAGAAGUUGCCUAGACCUUUAAUACAGACGACUCAAUGUUGCAUGACAAUGAAUUGAACAAAUGAGGAUAAAUUUGUAGAAUCCAGGAUUAUCAGUCGUUAUUCUCUCUGUCUUCAUUGCUUCUCUCUUCUCCUCCACCCACAAGGCUGUUUAGUUUCACUUUAUAGUAAGAGCUGUAUUUUCUGUGAAAUCCCUUAAACUUCCUAAAACUGACGCACAUGUAACCAUUUCCCCCUCCCCUCUGCUCUCUUCUCUUAAACUAAUAACGUUUAACAGCUCUUUCUGUUGGGUUCAACUAGGUGCAUGCAUAGCUCAGGUCAACCACCUAUAUGCACGUAAAUCACAUGCUUUGUGUGCAUUUAAUCUGUUCUGUUCUCACCCCAAAACAAACAGUGAUAAAGCAGGGCUCAGUUAUAAAGGUCAAAUAUGGGAAAACAUUCUAAUAUCACCACGGAAACAAACACAAAUAAAAUUACCUCUCUUUAUGAUUCCACCUUCAGAUAGAGGAUCUGCAAAUAGGAGUGGGACAAAAUCCCUCCUGAGAUGUGUGCAAACCUGCUGGCCAACUACAAGAAGACCUCUGUGAUUGCCAACAAGGGUUUGGCCACCGAGUACUAAGUCAAAGGGGUCAAAUACUUAUUUCACUCAUUGACAUGCAAAUCAAUUUUUAACUUUUUUGAAAUGCAUUUUUCUGGAUUUAUUUUUUGUUAUUCUGUCUCUCUCUGUUAAAAUAUACUUCCCAUUAAAAUUAUAGGCUGAUCAUUUCUCUGUCAGUGUACAAAGUUCAAAAUCAGCAGGGGAUCAAAUACUUUUUUCCCCUCACUGUAUAUUUUUCUGUUUUAUCCAGUCCAAUGCCUCUUAGUUUGUAUCUUCACUUUUUUUUUUUUUUAAAUACCUAAUUUUGGAAUAACUUUAGUUUUGGCUUUUGUUAGUUAUUUUAUAUCUUGACUCCACAUCUCCUUUCUCUUCCAUUCACAGUUAUGUAAUCUCACCAAUUAAACCUCCAGUUCAACACAUCUUAAUAAUAUCCUCCUGAGACCCAUCCUAUUAACUAACUUGUGUCCUCUGUACUGGACAUUUCAUUCGCAUGCAUCUCCUUUUUUUCUUUUGAGCUACUCUAUCAACCCCUGCUUUAUUGUAAAGUGGACAUCCUGGGCUUUCCAGUGAUCAUGUUAUGUGAUAGGCUGGGAUGCUGGGAACCUCCUAGAUAGGAAAUCACAAAAAAACAAACAAAUUUGAAGACAUUUUUUUCCUCGGGUCCCAGGAGGAUAUAUAAUAUAAACUAAAACCAAAAAUCUCCUUUUGGGAGAAUGUGUGCUACAACAGAUGUGUUAGUGGUGAAAAUUGUGAAUAGCUGAUCUGUACACUAAUGUGGAUUACCCUUUAUUCCACAUGCAAUUAAUAUAGAAGAAAAAAAAAAAGAGUAUGGUAUACAAUUAAUAUAUACCUCAUAUGAAGUGCUAUAAAUGUUGAGGAAUUUUAUCACAUGACAGGAGGCUUCGUAUUUUGCAUAAUCUUUCUUUACUAACUCCAUAGCAGCAAAGAAAAGAGUGACAUAACUGAGAACCAAUCACAAUGCAGUAUAGAGUAUAAGAGGUGUAACGUAUGACAUCAUUUCCUCUUUCUUUGCUGCUCCAUCACAAGAUAAGUACAGACUUGGUUUUCCUCUCUGUCCUUACACUAUUUGUCAUCUAUAUUUAAGAACUACUGUCUAAUUUUUCUAUUUCUAUUACAUUUAUUCAUUAUGUUAUUUUAGUACUUCUGUAUUGUUACCUUUGGGGGCUUCCCCCCACCCCUCUAGCUCUGGGACCUUUUCCACUGCUUUUAUUUGGCUUACCCCCUUUCAGGGAGUCUUAACGGCAUUUUCGCCGUUUUCACCUAUACUUCCUAGUGUCAGUUAAAUUUGCGGGUUUCUUUCCCGCCUUAUCGUCAUUCGCACGUUUUUUCGCGAACGGCACUUCUGUUCGCAUAGACUUGUUCCCUUUGCGAACGCCUAGCGUUCGGCAAAUUCCCGCGAACGUCUCUUAUUAGGCGCUUGCAUUCGUGCGUAUUAGCAGAACGCUUCCGUUCGGCUGAUUCGUAAGCGCGAACGCCCGCCGUUCGGGUAAUUUUUGCCGCUCAAAACAUCUAGGGGAGGUACUAAAACCUCCCAUUUCCUUCUGCUUUCAGUCCGGCGGCCAUUUUAAACGGCUACUACUAUCCUGCUUACUACUUCAGCCUAUUAUUACUGCACAAAUACUCUGGAAUACUCUUUGAACUCUGCAGCCUUAUCAGCUCACUGUGGGACCAGUAUCAGGUUAGUGCUUUGCACUUGGGGUCGGUUUCAGCCAGUGGGAAUACCCUUAUUCUGGCAGGGGUGAGCCCCCUUUCAUGUGCUGCUGAAAGGACCUGUUUAUGCAGGAUUCCAAAUUCCUGGGUGAGCCCCAGCGACAGCCCUCGCUUGACUACCAGUCGCAUAGCGCUUUCAGGUUAACCACUACCUAUUCUACACCACCCCCUGGUCCCCAGGCCUCCCCAUUUUGUGCCACAAGUACCACAAGUGCCCUCACGCAUAUUCACCGGGUGAGCCCCGAGUGUGAUUAACAACAUGGAAGAAUCCCAAAAUCCCUCAGAUCUCCAGGCCAUGAUUGCAGCAGCGGUUGCUGCAUCCAUGGAAAAAGCUUUGGCUAAGUCGUUCCAAUUGGAACAAGACGCAUCUAAGCCCAUUCCCAAACGGGCUCAUUAUGGGGCGGAUUCGGAAGACUCCGAUUCCUCCAGGGAACGCUCCCACCCCCCUAAGCGCCAUUGGAAAGGCGAGGCUAUGGGACCACGUAAAUCCAAAGGAAAGGCCCCUGCUAAACGCAGACGAGACACAAGCAAAUCAUCACAAAAACCCGCUCAGGUUUCCUCUGGGGAAGAGGACGCAGGUCCCUCACACGCGUUAGCCGUGGUUGACGAAUGGCAGGCGGCAGCCUCCGACCAAGAGGAAUCCGACUACUCCGCUGCCAAAUCGGACCCUUACUUUAUAGGGGAACAGACCCUGGGUGAGCCCCAGGACUCCGGGACCACAUCCCUAGACAUCCCACAAGAGGGUUCAGAAAUAUUUUUGGACAAUUCUGGCCUCCGAAUGUUCGAUCCUAGGAACAUUCGCCAUCCCCGUUCGGAAGAAUGGACACCACCCGAACACUUGACCAGAUUCAUGCACUUCUGGCUCCGGAAGUCUCUGGACAAAGAAGUGAGAAAGCGUAUGAGAUCUGAAUGUCCUCGCCCGAGCCUACCAGAUAAGGUAGCACACACCCCCGAAUUCGACCCGCUUAUGACCACAUUCAUGUCCCGCGGGGGUCGGGACCCACGCAAGGGUGUGGAACGUGGUUUCAAGGGAGCUCAGGACAAACUAUUAGAUGCCAUCGGGCCUUUGGCGAGGAUCAUGGAUAUGGCAGAUGAUGCCUAUGAAAGGGCUGAUGACUUCUCCCCAGAUAUGGUGCGUGAGUGGGCACGAGAUACCCGAGAGUGGGCACAAAGGUGCUUCUGUUUCCUCGGGAACACUAAUGUGGCCCUCUCUUCGGAGAGGCGCCGAGCAGCACUUUUCAGAAUCGAUGACAAGCUUGUCGAACUGGGGGAUAAAGAAUUAGGCCCUUUGGCACAGGGCAAACUGUUUGGCGAGGCCUUCCUUACUGAGCUUAAUAAGAGGGUCAACAUAUUCACUUCCCUCAAUAAGGCACAAACAUCAAUGCGGAAAGUGUUCCGCGGCCACAACACCCGUGGUGUUUUUGGGAGGGCUGGUCGGCAGAGGGGCCGUGCCACCAGCCGCUUCUGGCCAUCCGGCCCCCGCACAACCAGGUCGCAACCAUUCUACACAGAUCCAUCUGCACGCCAUCGAUUCCAUCAGUUCAGGGGAUCGGAACGUGGCCGUGGCGGCCGAGGACGCUCCCGAGCGAGAUUCUCCAACGGUAAGUUACCAUUCUAUACUGCCUCUAACCCCUUGCCAUAUCGCAGGUCGUGUUUCUCUUUUUUUCCAGAAUUGGGCAGACCUCUCCUCCGACACAUGGAUACUUCGGACGGUGCGGGGCUAUCAAAUAGAAUUCGAGACGAGGCCACUCCAACAGGCACCACCUCGCCCGAUUCAGUUUUCACGGGCAGACGCUUCUUUGAUAGACAUGGAACUUCAGGACUUACACGCCAAGGGUGCCAUCCAACCAGCGCCGGACUCAACCGGGUUCUACAGCAAUAUCUUCCUAGUCAGGAAGAAAACUGGGGAAUUCCGUCCCGUCAUCAACCUCAAGGAGCUCAAUUCCUAUGUGGUGUACCGCCACUUCAAAAUGGAGGGUAUCCAUCUUCUCCGGGACCUACUGCGAGACAACGAUUGGUUCACGCGUCUAGACCUAAAGGACGCAUACCUUACCAUACCGGUGCACGAAAGGAGCCGCUCAUACCUCCGCUUCUACUGGCACGGGACACCUUGGCAAUUCACCUGUCUCCCGUUCGGCCUCAGUUCGGCCCCAUGGUGUUUCACCAAAAUGAUGAAGCCGGUAAUGGCGAGACUAAGGGCCCACGGCAUAAGAUGCAUCGUCUACCUCGACGACAUCUUGAUAUUCGACGAGGAUGCAAGGACCCUAAAGAGACAUACAGACUACGCUGUACACCUCCUCGACUCACUGGGUUUCGUUAUCAACGGCCCCAAGUCAUCACUGACUCCUGCUCAGUCGAUCGAAUUCCUUGGGUUCGAGAUAGACUCAAUAUCGUGCACGCUACGCCUCCCGGCCGCAAAAAUUGCCACCAUCCGCAGAGAAAUUCGGAAGGUACUUCGACUGACAUCCAUACCUUUACGUCUACUAGCACGAAUAGUGGGCCUGCUCUCGUCAUCCAUCCAGGCCAUCUUUCCUGGACCCCUGCAUUACAGAGCCAUGCAACGCCUCAAGACAAAGUUCCUUCGCAAAGACCCAACAUACGACCAACCGGUCCCCAUGUCGGACGAAGUUCGGGAGGAACUGCACUGGUGGCUGAACUGCAUGCAGGCUUGGAAUGGCCGGGCGAUAUUCGGAAAUCAACCAGACUUCAUAUUGGAGUCAGACGCCAGCCGCUCAGGUUGGGGAGCAACAGACGGCACCUCCUCCACGGGGGGAGUGUGGACUCCCCAAGAACUUUCGAUGCACAUCAACUGUUUGGAGCUCCUGGCGGGAUCGUUCGCCAUUCGCAGUCUGGCAAAAGAACGAUCCAACUGCUGCAUCCUUCUCCGGAUGGACAACGUCUCGGCGGUAAGAUACAUCAACCGACUCGGAGGCACCCGCUCCCAAGCAUUAGUAGAACUCACGAAGGAAAUCUUCGAUUAUUGUCUGCCUCGCAACAUCACGCUAUUGGCGGAACACUUACCAGGAGAGACCAACACGACAGCAGAUUGGUACUCACGCCACUGGAGGGACGCCAGCGACUGGCAACUAGACCCUCGCGUUUUCACGAUGCUAGAUACACAGAGGGGCCCCUUCUCCCUGGACUUAUUCGCCUCCCGCAACAACCGUCAGACGAAGGACUUCUUCAGUUGGCUCCCAGAUCCGGAGAGUCUAGCAACCGACGCGUUUCUGCAACAAUGGCCACAACACGGGGCUUACGCCUUCCCUCCAUUCUCGAUGAUUACGAGGGUUCUCCACCGAAUCCGCAGGCAGAGGGUGAUACUGACCCUCAUCACACCUCUAUGGCAAAGCCAACCAUGGUUCCCGGAUCUUCUGGAACUAUCGAACAAGGAUCCCCUCCUCUUACCAGAUACUCCAUCCAUUCUCAGGAACCCGAUGGGACUUCCCCAUCCGCUGGUCCAGGAGGGCCGACUGCCCCUGGUGGCUUGGACUCUUUCAGGGGUUCCUGGCGAACCGAGGAUUUAUCGCAGGAAACUAGAGAGCUCCUAUGGGACUCAUGGGCGCCAGGAACAAGGAGGUGCUACUUAUCAGCAUGGCACUGCUGGACCACUUGGUGUCUGGGACGGGAUCUCAAUCCCUUUACGGCACCUAUUCCCUCCAUCAUGAAUUUCCUCACCUCUCUGUUCACAACCGGGAAGUCAUACCGGUCCAUCAACGUGAUACGUUCAGCCAUCUCAGCGGCUCAUACGCCGAUUCAAGGGACACCAGUGGGCCAGAACCCACUCAUCUGUAGACUCCUCCGUGGCAUGCGCCUUCGGCGCCCCCCGGAACCCAAAUACUCGAGACUCUGGGACGUUGGCAUAGUCUUACAGUUUUUACGGGACUGGCCCCCUAAUGAGAACUUGUCACUCCGCCAGCUUACGGCAAAGUUCACCUUCCUACUCUGCCUAGUCUCCUUUCGUCGGGUGUCCGAUGUACGCGCUUUCGAUGCCGACGCAUUUACCUUCUGCCCAGCGGGAGUAACCUUCCAGAUCUCUAGACGCACGAAAUCUGACUCUUCCUCUGUUUUUUACCCCUUUUUUCCCUCAGACCCACAACUCUGUGUGGUCUCUACUCUUCGUCGAUAUGUGGAAGCCACCGCGACGUUGCGGCCUACUUCCAAUCGCCAACUUCUCAUCUCUUACGUCCGCCCCUACGCUCCAGUCUCGGUUACUACGUUGGCCAGAUGGGUUAGAUGGCUAUUAGCCCUCGCCGGGAUAGACCAGGCUUUUGGUGCACACUCAGUCCGAGGGGCCGCGGCCUCCUCUGCCUACGCAGCGGGGGCCUCCCUUCCAGAUAUUUUACGAGCGGCGGACUGGACCAGAGAAUCCACCUUUAGGACGUUCUAUUUCCGUCCUCCAUCUAACCCAGCUUUUGCUCUACUUACUCAGCGUUGAAAUUGCAAAAUACGAAGCCUCCUGUCAUGUGAUAAAAUUGAAGAUUAUGCUAGCUUCAGUGUACAGAUAAUCUUAAUUUUAAUAAUGACAGGAGGCGAGUAUUUUCCCACCCUGCUCUCUUUCGCUCUUCCCCACCUCUGUCUUCAUGUAUAUUUCUAUCUCUUUAUUCACAUGUUUUUGUGCUAAAUGCCUAAGUUGUCUUCUUACGAUUAAUACAGAUAUUUCAUAUGGGUGGGAUGGCUUAGGUAGCAUCAAUAGAUGGGUGGAAUGUAUUCGCUCUAUUGCAGUAUGAUGGUUACUUAAUCAUAAGGGAUAGACAUCUUGUUGUUUUACACAACCAUCUCCGGAAUCUAAUACCCUUUUACAUUCUCGUUUCAGUUUAACCAGAUGAAUCAGGACACUGCAGACUUCCUUCAAGAUAUCAUCAUCAUCUUGUCAUGGAAGUUCGUCACUUGACACCAAGAACUCGUCCCUGUCAAGAAUUCUUCAUACGUUUAUGUUCUAUUUUCAUGUUAUACGUUAUCUUUAUUGUUUCUGCAUUGUGAUCUUGUGAUGUCGCAUGCUUUAAAGAGGAAAUGAUGUCAUACGUUACACCUCUUAUACUCUAUACUGCAUUGUGAUUGGUUCUCAGUUAUGUCACUCUUUUCUUUGCUGCUAUGGAGUUAGUAAAGAAAGAUUAUGCAAAAUACUCGCCUCCUGUCAUUAUUAAAAUUAAGAUUAUCUGUACACUGAAGCUAGCAUAAUCUUCAAUUACUUCACAGAAUAUCGAUUGGAUUGUAUACGUCGCAUCCAAAUAUGAAAAAUAAAAAUAUAUAAUAUAGUGCAGAUUGUAGAACACUUGUGCAAUUUAGGUGAGGUAGAUAAAUAGUUCACUCACAUUUUCAAGAGCCUAUAUUAUUGGCUCUGUAAACUGGACUGGUAUGCUUUUUAGGGCAGCAUCCCACCACUAUUUCUUGUUGAAAUUUCUCUCCGGGAAGGUAAAAACAAUCGAAACAUCCAAUGUGUAAUAUAGUUGAUUCAAAGAUAUUUUAAAUAAAAUGUAAAUAGGUAUUAUGCACACUUCAUAUCUCCAUGUGUUCCCCAAGCAAGGAACAGGAACAAACAAAAGAAAAGUUGGUGCACAAUAUAGUCUUGUCUCCCUAACUACUAAACACCUCAACUCAAUUUUUCUUCUCUUUGAGCAGAGCACUGCACAUUGCCGUAGUACAUGGAAACAUUCAAGCUGCCCAGUGGGUGAUUUAUCUUCUCCAUCAGGGGCAUAAAAACAUGGACCCCGUCAACAAUCUAAGGCAGGUAAGUGAGUGAUCUGCUAUAAUAGAUACCUUUAUUCAAAGAUUUAUGGCUCCUAAUUCAAGAAGCUUCCAAUGCAAAAAAAUAAAAAUAAAAAAUCUACUAGGCAAAACAUACUACUUCCAUCUACAUCUCAUAAAGGUUGACCAUACAUCUCAUAAAGGUUGACAAAUACGUUUCUCAGGUUCUCUGAUUGCAAUGUAAUAUAAGGCAAAUCAACAUAUACAAAUCUGUUUGAUUGUAAACUACCUUUUUUUGUAAAUACUAAAGUUACCAAAAAUUCUACAACUCAUGGGGUGGCCUGGCGGAGAGAGACAACUGAUAGAAAUGACAUAGAGAUAGAUAGAGACAGAAGGACGGGGUCAGUAGCAAACUAUAAUGUCUAAUAGUGAGGGCUGGCAAUAUUACAUAAAGGCAGUUGGAGGGACUGAGACAAAUAGUUAUUCACUGAAGUUAGAAUAGCUGGGAAAUGGAAAUGAAAGACACAUUGGGAGACUGGAACAAGUGGAAAACACACUGAGAUACUGACCUGGAAAUGGGAUGGAACAAAAACUAAGAGGCAGACAUGGACUUAAGGUCAAGAACUUGGACUGAGAAUGGCCAGUGAGAGAGACAAAUAAGCUAGAAAAAGACAGAAAUAGCAUGGCACUAUGACUAAAGCAAGGAUAUCAGAGGUUUUCAGUGUUUUCCAGCUUAUCUCAGUCUGUCAGCGUACAUGUCUUAUUCCAUUGUAUCAUCUUAUUCCUGUCUAUCUCUGGGCUGAUCAUUCAUGUGAUUGUGUGUAUAUAUAUAUAUAUAUAUAUAUAUAUCAUUUGUAUAUAAUUUUUUAUUCACGUUGCCUUCAAGUCUCAGUGCAUGCUUUUAUCUAAAAUUACAACCUCUGCAGCAAUGGAGAUUAACACCAGUGAUAUGUAUGGUAAACAGAGUUAUCGCUUUCAUUUCUCUUAUUUAUUUAAAACAUCCAUUUCCAGUAACUGAAAAAGUACACAAUUUAGACGCAGUUAUACAAAGACUUUGCCGGUAACUACACCCAAGGUAGUUUAUAUCCCACAAUUACACAAAAAGUUCCAUUAUCUAACAUUGAUUUGUUUCUAGCUAAAAAUUAACUUCCAAAAUGCAAGCUAAUAUAGCCUAACUGGGAAUGUUUUUCUAAAGCAGAUAUUUUGGAUAAAAUUUUGCAUUUCUGUUUUGUAUUUUAUGCGUUUCACUGUUUAACCCCUUAACUCCUUAAGGACACAUGACAUGUGUGACAUAUCAUGAUUCCCUUUUAUUCCAGAAGUUUGGUCCUUAAGGGGUUAAGGACCAAACUUCUGGAAUAAAAGGGAAUCAUGACAUGUCACACAUGUCAUGUGUCCUUAAGGGGUUAAAUAAAUUAACCCAAAAGGAUACUACUUUAGCAUGGGAUAUUUGCUGUGUUUCUCUGUGUCGUCUAGUAGAAAUCAAACAGACACUCUCACAAGGAUAGGAGUAAAUCAGACUUAUCACUCAUCAAGAAUAUUCUCCUCCUUAUAAUCUUCAGCCUCUUCUAAGUUAUGUAGAACUCAUAAAGGUAAAAGGAAAAUAAACAAAAUAGUUUAGUAGACACUAGUAGUAGACACUAGUUCAUUUACACCAUAUUCUAGACACGCAUUCACUAAUAUAAAACUUUUGUGGGAUCAUCAUGGGAUCAUUAUGCAACAGAUAUCUAUAAUUAUAGGAUUCUAGAAUUGCUUUAUGUCUUAUUUAAUCACUCCUGUGAAACCUUCCCCAUGAGUCUAAUUAUGUGCCACGAUUAAAGCUGUGGGUGUCAUAUUUUAGCUAUGAAUUAUUAUUACUAUAUUAUUAUAUGGUAUUUAUAUAUCACCAACAUACUCCACAGCACUUUACAUUGAUAGAAAGGGAAGAUUCUCUUUUCUUUCACACCUCUGCUAAAGCGAUAUUACGUUCAUAUUUUUGUUAUUGUCAAGGCUUGGAGCUGUAUAGAGAGGCAAGCCUUCAGGGUUGUUUCAUAUUGAUGCAGAGCCCAGUUCAUAUAGCAGGGCUGAUUCAUAUAAGGGGAAUUUGUCCCUAUAGGACGUACGUAUUUGAUUUGUCAAUGGAUUGAAGUUUUAACUGGAGCCGCAGGGUGAUUUAUUGCAGUUUCGAGGUGAGGUCUACCACGGAGAAAUUACAUUUUUACAUUGACACAGUUUAUUUUCUGUUAGUUUUGUCACAGAGUGCUUGUACUAUGUAGAUAUUACAUUUUUACUUUGACAUAGUUUAUUAUUUUCUGUUGUUGCGAAAAGAAAGGGUUACGCCAUAUGAGCCUCCGUGUCUUGACAUAAAAUGAUAUACUGCUAACAUAAGUUAUUCAAGGAGCACUAUAGCGUUAAGAAUACAAAAGUGCUAUAGUAGUCCUAUUCCUACUCUCAUUCAUGCCCCUCUGGAGCAUUAACAUUUUAAAAACUUUAAGAUUUCCCACGCGCUGCUUACCUCCCUGCCUUCUGCGCCGAUGUCUGAACCAAUGCUCAUAGAGGAGCAUUGGGGACCUAAAGCACAUGUGUCUCUAGUGUUAGAUGCACAUUCAAAAUUCCCCAUAGGAAAGCAUUAAAUUACUUUACUCGGUCCGUUUUACUCGGUCCGUGCCGCAAACGUGCCUCUACAGGUGGACUUAACCCUGUACUGUAAACAUUGCACUUUCAAAAACAAAAAACCCCUGCAAUGUUUUACAUUGCAAGGUUAAAAGGACAGGGACACUUCACCCAGACCAUUUCAUUGAGAUGAAGUGGUUUGGGUGACUACAGUGUCCCUUUAAUAGCGAUUCAUUCUAUAGUUCUCCAGUUUAGAUCUCUAAAUGCUGUAUAUACAAUCAUGGGGAAAAUCCUAUGGUUUCUAAACAAAGGCUCCCUUCAGUUUUCAAAGUAAUGAUGCCAGGGUUAUUCACUAAAAUGAGACUUGUUGGUAAUUCAUGGAAAAUUCAAGCAAAUUUCAAAUUUAAGACAAGAAUAGUCGAACGUCCGUUAUGCAUUCAGUUCAGCUACAUUGGUUUUAAAUUUUAAAUGCACUCUGAAGUCACUUUGAGUUCUUGUGAAUUAUCCCUUUAAUAAAUAACUCCAUAGUCUUUAAUAGAUAACCACUGCAAAUAUGGCUAUAUCUCUUCAUAGGAUAUCCCCAUGAUAUCGCCUGUUAUUGAUUGCCCUUCUAAUAUUCUGAUAUUGGUGCAGUUAAUGACCUCUAUGUGCGCAAACUCCCCACCCCCACCCCUGUUGUUUUAACCCUGCAGGCUGCAGCUAAAAAUAUUGUAAUUCUGCAGGUACAGCCAUCAUUUCAUUGCAUUGUUAGCUGCCUCUAGUGGUGGUCACACUGGGAACCACUAGAGGCAAUUUUCAGCCAAAAUUGUGAAGUAAAACACUAUGGGAGAGUAUUGGAUUGGCUGAGAUAAUUCAUUGUGAUGAUGUCAGACAAAGAGGCAGAGUGGAACGCAGGAAACAUGUGUGACAUGUCAUGAUUCCCUUUUAUUCCAGAAGUUUAGUCCUUAAGGGGUUAAAAAGCUUGUUUUAAAACUGAAGGGCAUAUUUGUAUACAUUUCUGCUUACAGUGUUACUUUUUGAUCAGUCCAGCAGUUUACAUAACAGAAAAUAAAUUACAACAGCAGGUUUCAUUCAGCCAUAAACAGCUCUUCUCAAUUAUCAUACUGUUACUUUUAAAGGGACAGGCCAGACCCAUACAGAACUACAGCUUGUUGAAUAGCUUUAUGUGUGAAGAGUGUGUCCUCUUCUUUCAUUUUGCAAAAACUGCAGAUUUCAUUUCAGAUGUACCCCGAAUGAAAGAAUACAUUAUUAAAUGCACACAUGUUUUAUUUGGGGUAUAUCAACUAAACAGUGAUUUUCAUUGUAUUGUUUUAUUUGGGCUUUGGAGUGGCUCUUAAAGGGGAACUAUCCCAUUGCACAGUGCUACGGAAUGUGAUGGCACUAUAUAAAUAAUAAAAUAAUAUUAAUAACUAUGACUUCUCUGGUAUUUACACCUUUGAAUAAAACACUGAAAAUCUCCAAUAACUCAUUCUUACCUUUUUUCACACGAUGCUUCACUUUUUUUCAAAUUUAUGUUUGAGUUGCAAAAGGAUAUAACAAACCAGUUUUGACAAGGUAAAGCCAAAGAAACAAUGCAAAUAAAAUGAGAGACAAAAAAAAACAAGUUUAAUUUCUCCUCUUCAUCGGAUACUUUCCCCUGAGCUGACUGCCAGGUGUAAAGGACAGUUUUAAUAACAAUGAUUGUGAUGGAGCUAGGAUGGAGGCAUCUAUUAGCAACGUGAAGUGCUGCGGAUUUCUGCAUUUAAAUUUUAUUUUUCACAUCUUGCAAAUAUGUAUUUGUUAACUCUAGGGAUAACUAAACAUAAAAGUGACAGUCCCCAUUGAAACCCCUUGUAGUAUUCUCUGUGGUUGCUAGAGAAGAAUGUUAUACAAAGUUUAUAGCAGAAUGCAAACCUGGUAUCUUUUAGGAACAUGAAUUUGAAAUACCCAUUUGUAUCUGUUUUUUUUGUGAUCAAAAUAAUGAAAUCAAGUGGGGGCUCGUUGUUGCCAGAGAGAGAAAAAAAGCAUGUGAGGCCACAUUUUAAAGCAUUGAUUACUUCUAAUGCUUCAUAAAAUAUCUUGUUAAAACUCCAAAUAUUGUCAUAUAUUUGUUCUGCCAGGUGUAAAAUCUCUUUAUAAUUAAUUUCAUGACUUCAUAUAUUAACUUUUAACCACUUACAGCUAUGCAGACUAAUCCCAGAGAGUUAACUUCUACUCCCAUGAAUCACCGCCAGCCAAAAACUAGCUAGCGGCCAUCAAACAGCAGGGCUUAUAAACACACUGCAUGUAUAACUAUGUAAAACCGUUUACUAUAUCUAUUUUUGUAGAGCUCCCCCCACUCUUGCGUUUGCAUUUACGGUCACAUUUUUUGCUGGAAGUCAUGUGACUAGGGAUUUCCCCUUUGUUCUGAUCCGUGUACUUCCUCCUGACCCCUCCUUUAUCAGGGCUAAAACGUAAUUGUGCUGAGAUCCUGUAACACACAAAAACCACAUGUCUGCAAAGUGAACAUACAAAAAUAUACAUUGUUUUCACAAGCCGAUCAGAGAACCUGGGCCCGGUGGCAAAGUGAAAAACUGGGUCACCUCCACCGAAGUCACCUCUAAAACUAAUAAAGAUGUACUUAGAUAUCAAAUCCUGUAGUAUAUGAAAACGUAAUUGUAUAUGAAAAACGUGAGUAGAGCAAGGGGCAGAACCGGCAUGCCGUCUGUUUAGUAGUGAGUCAGUAGUGCUUGAUUUAAAGAAAUUGAAGUUGUUAUGGUGCCUGAAGUCGCAGGCGAUGUGUCCUGAAUGUUAGAUGUUUAGCAGAGAUUCUCAGUCUCCAGCAGCCUGGAGCCUGGUCGACAAUGACAAUAUUGCAAAGGCAUAGUAAUGCUGCACUUCACACUUAUGAUCAGUUAAAGGCUGAGAGCAUCAGCCUAUCACUGCCCUAUCCCUGGUAUGAAUUGGUAUGGUGUGAGGCAAAGCAUAACUCUGCCUUUGCCAUAUCAAAUUUAGGGGUCAGGCUGCAAGCUGCUGAAAACCGAGCAUCUCCAUUUUUAAUUGGUGAGCAAACUGCAGCACCAAGUGCCUGUCCGCUCCAGGCAACAUAACCACUUAAAUCCACUGUAGUGGUUAUGGUGUCUACAGUGUAAUUCAAAUUAAAGCUUACACAUUUGAAUGAUCACCCUGUAAAAUAGGGACGUUUAAACAGCUCCAUUUUAAAGGGAUCCUAUAGUGCCAGGAAAACAAUCCCGUUUUCCUGGCACUAUGAUCUCUUGGAGUGCCCCACUCCUUCGGGGGCCCCUCCCUCAGCGCCCUUCAGCCACUAACCUUAAUCCAGCGCUGGUGAUUUCUCCUCCCCCGCCGAUGUCAGUUUCUGAGUGGAGCCAAAUGCACAUGCGCGACCAGAGGCGCGGGCAUUAAAACCCGCCCAUAGGAAAGCAUUACUCAAUUCUUUCCUAUCAGGAUCUUUUUUUACUCUGGAGGUCCGCGAGGACUUCCAGUAUCAAAUAAGUGUGAUUUACUCAGUGUAAAUCGCGGAAGCGCCACUAGUGGCUGUCAGGAAGACAGCCACUGGGGGCUGGAUUAACCCUGCAGUGUAAACAUAGCAGUUUCUCUAAAACUGCUAUGUUUUCAGCUGCAGGGUUAAAACUUGGGGGACCUGGAACCCAGACCACUUCAUUGAGCUGAAGUGGUCUGGGUGCCUAUAGUGGUUCUUUAAGGGUGAGCAUUCAAAUGAUGCUGUGUUUGUUUGAGUGUCACAAAAAAAGAUGCUGCUUUGAAAAGGACACUGCUAAAGUAAGUUUAGGGUUAGAUAAAUUUAAAUUUGUGCUAGUAUUUUAGGAUUAAGGAAGUUUAGGGUUGGCUUAGCGUAGCAACUAGGGAGGCUAAAGGUUUUGGGGGUGAUUCUGGUUAGGGUACUUCGAAGAACAUAUGGUGGUAAUAGGUAACUACUUUCAAACUGAUGUGGAUUCUAACUCCCAUGAUUUUCAAAUCGGUAUCCUCUGUGUAAUACAAAAGAGGAAAUAGGAGAUCUGUAGCCUCAAUGGAACCUUGUUCACUAUGUUAGGAGGAAUGAGAUAGAUAUAUGAUGCAAGCUAGCUCCUUCUAUAUCCUCCUCCCCCAGGGAAGGUAUGCUGAAAGGAAGCAAAAAAUGAGUAUAAGGUGCCCAACCUUAUUGUAUUACACAAUUUUAUGAUCAAUACUUAUGUCAUACAAUCUGCUACAGAGGGAAAUAUUUCACAGUUUUGAACAGUGUGUGAUACAUAUGAGUAACUUUAACAAAACACGUUAGACAAACAGGAACAAGAAGUAACGUAUGCUUUGUACAGACAUGCUUAUAGGCUAAAGGAAGUGGGAUAUGAUUGCAGAAAAGGUAUAAAACACAAUGAACCAUAAAGGGGAGGUAGAUUGUUACACAUAUUAAUAAUAUACAAUAAUUAUAUAAACAUGUGACUUCAGAAAGUAGCAGAGCAAAAAGUGUAAUAAGAGAUGAGACUGUUAAUUUCCUAAAAUUACUAAUCACCUUUAAAUUCAGUCUUCUAAAACGACUCUUUGUUGCCGGUACAAAAUGUGUUCCUGGUGUACGAGAAUUAAGUUGUGUGAGGUGAGAAUGGGGUGAAUUGCUGUAAUGAGAUGUAUUAAAUAGAUAUGUUCCCUAAAUAAAUAAAAAAGGGGUUUUAAGGAGUGGUGGAAGGUCUGAUAGCGAGGAGAGGCAUUCCAUUAGAAUGAGGCAUUCUUCUAAAAUUUCACGUAGGAGACAAUUGCAGGUGAGGAUGCAUACAGAGGGCAGAAGAAAGCUGAUAGCAGACCUACAGGACCAGGGUAGAUUGUAUGUGUUAAAUUGGAGACUAUAGAUCAUAGUGCACUAUUUGUUGGAGCAUUACAAUCGUAGAUUUAAAAUUUAAAGAGAAUAAGUGUAAGAAGGGAAGCAGACAAGGCAUAUAUGAAUUCUCCCCAAAAUAUAGAUGUGUAUAUAUAGAGCAGUGGUUUCCAAACCAGUCCUCAAGACUCUUCUACCAGUUCAGGAUUUAGGUAUUACCCAGUUGUGUCUAAGGUUUUUUUUAGAAGAAGAAGAAAAAAAAACACAUUAGACACAACUGGGUAUGGGCGCCUUGAGGACUGGUUUGGGAACCACUGAUAUAUAGUAAUUAUAGUGAUAUGUAGUAAUUAUAGUAACAAUUACAAUUAUUUACAUAGCACCAACAUAUUCUGCAGCGCUGUAGAAUAAAUAAGCAAAACUAACAAUAAAUUCGAACUCAAACAAAACAUGAUUGACAUAAUAGGUGCUUACAGUGUAAUUGUAAUGUCAUCUGUAGGGUUAGGGGAAUAAAUAUUCCAGUAAAGGUACACCUGUACUUGUGGUGCUGUGGACCGUGACACCUGGCAUGUCUAGGAGUGAUUGGAGUUACAGUCCAAAGUAUCAGUUUUGUGCACAAAGUUAAGGGGCACACCCGUACAGUGGUACUCUGACGAUAUGGGGGCAUUAUGAUACUACCAUAGAGGUCGUGAUAAUGAUGUGUUGUCUUUUCACAGCAGCUGCAUUACAGCGUCACUAUAAUGACGCUCAAUUAUUUUUAAACUCACCAUUUUGAAGAUCCUGUGUCGAUUAUCAAAUUCAUUGCAAUUUCAUAACAAAUGCAGUUGGGGUUAUCCAUUAUAUUGAGAAUUCACCUGUCAGCAAGUCAAAGUGAAUUGAAACGUUUAAGCUAAAAUUACUGAACAGAGAACGUAGACAGUUAUACAUUAUUACUUGGAAUUCAUCUGAAUUUCCUAAAACUCACACUUUAGUAUUCGUAAUAUGUGUGGACGCCCUGUGUUCUAGUUACAUUUUCUGCAACCUGUUGUGUUAUGCUGACCAUACUAGUGCUUUAAUCAGAGAGACUUAUAAAAGAUGUAUCCUGUGGUACACUGAUUUCAUUACAGUAUAACCAUAUUCAUGACUCAUAUAAAUCCCUAGCUAAUGUUACAGUAUAUGCACCACUGAUCCUUAUCUGCCUUGCUUCUGCAACUGAUUAUAUAAAAUUGUAUUUACUUUUUAUAACCUUGUAUUUCUUUCCAUUCACUAUUUCUGUGUUUCUUUCCUUUAGUUUUACAUCUUUUAGUCUCUCCUACUACGACUUGCACAUAUAUACCUCAUUACCUUUUAUUCCCCGACACACAUUAUUUGCACUGUAGUCAUCAACCUACCUCAAGUGUGUUUUCACUGUAAUUCUGCCGAUCCAUUUACCUUACAUUAACAAUCUCAUCUUCUUCUUUCUUCCUAUCACAGACACCCCUACAUCUUGCAGUAAUCACUGACCAGCCGGACCUGGUCUCUCUCCUUUUGUCAAAUGGAUGCUCGCCAAAAAUUCCAGAUCGCAAUGGACAGACGUGUGUUCACCUAGCGUGUGAAAAUGAAAGUAUAAACAGCUUGCGAGUGUUGUUAAAAGGGGGAACGUGGGAUCCAGAUGCAACAAACUACCAAGGUAUGAAAAUAUACACAUGUACAAGCACUUACCUUAUCCUUUUCAUUGUGGUAGUAUUGAGAGAUGUAAAGCUUGAGGUUCACGUUUCAUAGCCAUUAAGCAUGUCUGGACAACUUUCUAAAACAAUUAAUCUUGAAGGACAACAUAUUUUCUUGUAGUUAAUUUCAGGGAAACAUUAAGGACUGAAUUCUCUUAGCAGAGUACGGUUUUAGCCUACUUACUGAAUAGCAGUUCAACCUUAGAAAUUAAUGGGAAGAUAACUAUUCGGUAAGAAGAUUAAAACCUUACUCUACUAAGAGAAUCCAGCCCUAAACUGAUGUAUGGUAUAGAAAGCAUUCUACGAACAUAAGUUGUAGGACCAGAUAAGGUUAUACUAUUGAAUACAAAAAAAUGUAAUAAAAUAGAUUUAGCGCUAAUUAACCAAAUAAGACAGGGCAGCAAACCAAAAAGGUUUCCCUUCAGAAAAUCAACAGAAAUAAACAGAGAAAGAGAGGCUGCAUCACAAGAAUACAAUUAAAUACUAUUACCAGUGAUCAAAACAUGAUAUGUGUGAAUAAAUAAUAUAGUCCAAAAAAAGUCUUAAAAUAGAAAUACCCCUUUAAAUGAAUUGAAGUUCAGUAUGAAUUCUUGGGUAAGUGGUACAUUUUUGUACCAGAAAGUAGGAUGAUAAAAGUAUGAUAUGUUUCUUAGUAAAGUCCGUACAUAUAUGUAAAACAAGAUAUCAAAAAUCCAAUAGUGCAAUAUAUCAACUUAAACAUGGUAUAUGUAGUAAAACAGCUGCAGCUUACUCACAUUUAAUGGAGCUAUGGCCAACUCCAGUUUUGAAAGCGUACAAUGGUAUUAUCCCCUCUUACAGGAUAUGUGGGUGAGUGCCCGUAGGAGAAAAGGUAUCGUAGAACCCAAAAUGACAAAAUUUAGAAGGAAAAUAAUAGUGCUCUCUUUUGCAAUAAAAAGUACUAAAAUAAGAGUAGCUAUUAGUUGGCCGUUUUGAAACGGGUGCUCAUAAAUCUCACAAUUGUGGUUUUAUCAAUAUGUUGCAGGUUACAAAAAGUACAAUAACAACUUUGGGCACUGUAUCUAACCUGGAUAACACUAGCUGGAUAAGAUAUCUGCAGAUUAAAAAUAGCUCAAACUUCUUAAUAGUAUAGAUCUUCAGGAUUCUUCAAAUAAAUACAGAUUUCUUAUUAGAAUUCCAAUUGUUCUAUUGAAAUACCAGGAGUAUUUAGCUGCCAUAGUCAGAUUUAUGUGCCCUCCUUCCCCCAUACACCUUAUCACUCCCAAAUGUACCCAAGCCACUUAAAAAACACAUUUGUAAUAUGUGCAAUGGGUGUAAUAUAAAUGCAUUUGUAUGUGAGUAAACGUAUCAGGAUUUUGUACCAAAGUGAGAAUUGUGGGGAAAUCAAAGUCCAUUUCUAAUGUAAGGUCAACAUAGGUAAGUACUAAACAUUCUCCAAGUCAGAUUUGGUCACUUUGGUCUUAAAUUUCAAAUUCACUUUGAAUUCUCCACAGUUAUCACUUUAGUAAUCCUGAAGUGUGCAUACAUAGCUGGAGCUAAUAAAGCUUAUUAGCCAAACACAUACACUAGUUGGGCACACACUGUCUCACACACUUUUAAUUAAGCACACACGUCACCAUGCUAUAAUUUGCCUUUCAUAUACCUGCUGCAGUAUGCUGUAUCAUGCCAAUAUGAUUGGCUGAAUUAACCUAGCCAAUCAUAUUGCUGUUCUGUUGUAAUGUCCUGGGGGUGGGAGUGAGUGGAUGGGCGAUAGUGACUUCCCAUUAUUUUAUUAGUCCUCGUACUGCCUUUUGGUGUCAGUAAGCGCAAGGCUACCUUUUUACUUGGUCCCUCGCAGUAGUUUGUUUAUUUAAUGUUAUAGAGUUUUAUUUAACAUCUCUGCAGAUCUGGCUGAAAAGCAAAGAUAGUCUGCAACUGUUAUAGACUGGAGAUAAUAUAUUUUAUCAGUGUUAAUAAAUAUCAGAAUUCCAUACUUUGUAUAAAAUGUGGAUGAAUUCUCUGCAAGGUUUUUAGAAGACACCAACAUGCUCUAAACAGGAAAUGUACACUUAGUACAAUUUCCAGAACUAACCCCUGCAUUGCCUUUAGUAUAUGUGGAAUGGGAAUUCUAGGGAAACUUUAGGGAUUUUCACAGAAUAUGGAAAACAUGGGGUCUCUUGGCAGUUUAGUAAGUGAUCUAUUCACUAAACUCUGAAUUGUAGCAAAUUAAAAUCUGAGUGGAACACUGUAUGUAGAUAUAACUGAUUUGAAGAAAUUAUCCAAUUCAACUACAGUCACAUCACAGCCUUUAUAACCUUUAUUUUGCCACUCAGGUUUCAAUUUGCUACAGUUCAGAAUUUAGAGACCAACCCUGUAAAUGCCAUGUGUUGCUGCAAUAAAGGAACACUCCAAGUACCAUAUGUAGUAGUUAUGGUGCGCAGGAGUGUCGUGGCACUCUUCCAGUGUAAGUAGUUAAACCGUUUGCUACUUACCUGGGGUCUGCUUGUUAGAGCAGGCUUGGGAGUGUUAAUUGAAGCUCCAUGCAGGAGCUUCCAGCUUUUGAUGACAGAGAUGACUGAACCCAGGUAAUCUGUCAAGCUGUUAUAAACAGGUUGACUACUUACAUUAAGGGGGGAGGGCCUGGGUACUAAUGACACCAUAACCAUUACAGGGCUUCGUAUUAGUUAUGGUGUUACAAGUUUUCCUUUAACUAUGCCAUUAUUGAAAACUACCACACUCCUUGUAAACAAAGUUAAAGUUGAGACGUGAACAUUCCCAGCCUUUUCAUCGCAGAGCAUUGCUAGUACUUUAAGUAAAGCUGUUUCUGUAAACCCUCUUCCUUCCUUGUCUGUUGCAUAAACAAACACAGCCUUACUUAACCUCAUUCAUGUUUUUCAAUACCAUAGUAGCAAUUAGGAAUGCACGUGACAGUGCUUUGCAUCACAUGCAAACUAUCUCACGAUUCUAUUUAAUAUAGGGUUGUCAGAUCCAUAAUGUUUUUCAUGGAUGAUGUCUCUUAUACAUAUACAAAGAGAAGGCUGUCAUGCUGUAUGCAAAAUGAAGAAACCCUAAAUCAAAUUAAUUCUACAUAAUGCAGGUCAACACUUUUAAUGUGUUGCUCAACAUGAAGGUGUGAUAUGUGUCCAGGUAAACAUUGUGAUGGCGACCUUAAGUGAACUUGUGCAGAUCUAGGCUGUGUAUAAUGCAAGAGAGGAUUAUAAAUAUUUUAUUGGACAUUUUAUCUGGAUUCUGCAUUCUAUCAAGGGAUGCCUGUUCCACGCACCGCCUAAACUCCCAGAUUUAGUGGGACUGUCCUGAUUUCACCAUCCUAGGUUAAUAUAGGACAACAGGAAACUGACCCCAGCAAGUGCAAUGCAAGUACAUCAAUAUACUCAUUCAUGCUGUGCUGGUCGCUGUGUGGGGACAUUUACGUUCUUUGGGCAUCCCCCCUUUACAGUGAUGCCAUCAGCACUCCCCCAUAAUUCCACUCACCACCUGUCCAGAUUUCAUAUCUCUCAUUGUUGAGAGGUAUAGAUUCAAAAUGUAUAUGGAAUAUCAAAUCUAAUGAUAUAUGAGAUCUGUACUCCGUUUCCAUCUGUCUACUGAACAUAAAAUGUUGUCUGUAGAUGUUUAAUGUUUUUAAAGUUGUAUGCAUAUGCAAAAUAGUUUGGAAUCUUUGUAGGUGAUUCCAUUUAACUAAACGUCUGUUUUUCUGUUGUUCCCCAGGUAUGACUGCAUUACACAUAGCAAUCAGUACAGGACGCAGAGAUGCCACUCAGUGUUUACUGGAUAAUGGAAUGGACGUUGACGCUGUGGUAUGAUCCUACUGAACUGCUGUACUGACCAGGCAGCCUACCAUCAGAAUGUCUUACUGUGCGACACAUACUGAUAAAUUGUAACAGCGCAUGUCACUCAGUAACUACAUUUUGUGUGUGUGUGUGUGUAUGAAUAGACAGACAAGUAGAUAAAAUUAUAUACAAUUAUAUACAUCCACAAGCUUUCAGGGUUAUUUACUAAAGUGUGAAUCGUUGGAAAGUAAAUUUCAAAUUUUAUGCCAAAAUAGCCAAAAGGAGGAUUUUUCCAGCUUAACUAUUGCAGCAGAUCGGCCAAGUCACAUGGUGCGCCAUGUGACAUCCAGUUUUUUUCAGUCUACCCGAUCACUCAGUAGACUGAAGGGAGGACUGAAGAAAAAUGUAGAACAUGCUGAUGUUUAACUGCAAUCGCAAUGCACUUGACCUGUUUCAGGGCUGUUAAACCCAUAAGUAAGAGCUUCAGUAGUGCUCGGCAUAUGGAAAACCCUGAUUGGCUGGUCUGUCAUUCUGGUGGAUAUGUGCCACAUCAAUUGUGUCUCAGAUGGAUCCUCCUCUGGUUCUACCAUGGUUAGCAGAUCUAAAGUUUUAAAUUCAAUUUGAAUUUCUUUCCUGUCCACCUUUCGUGACAAAGGGGAGGACACUGCCCAUGAAAUUGGCCCAACAGACUGCCCCAUAAAGGCAGACCAGGCACAGAGCUUUGCUUACGCACUUCAUGAUCUUAGUGCCCUAUCCCUUCCAGAUUUGAAAUUCUGGACAGAUUUUGAAGUACAGGGCAAGUCCCACAUUUGCAGGGCCAAUAUUAAAAAAUGACCACUUCAAAUAACUUUCAUGUAUAGGUAUUUCAUAAAUUCAAGCCAGUCAUAAAAUACAUAACAAAUUGAGCCAUCUAUUUUAUGUUUUGGAAUUUGCAAAGUAUGACAUCCUUAAAAAGUUAACUUUAUAUUGUUAUUCACUAAAAUGAGAUUUGUCAGGAAAUAAAGGAGAAUUUAAAGUGAAUUUCAAAUUUAGGGCCAGAAUAGAUGAAUAAGAAAAAAAAUCUCUAAUUCAGCUGUGGUUUUAAGUUCGGCUAAAUUGGUCUAACAUUUGAAAUUCACUUUGAAUUCUCUUCGAAUCCUCGAAAAUUCUCACUUUGGUAAAUAACCCUGAAUAUCAUUUUGCUUCUGAUAAAACCUAUGGGUAUUUGCAGUGUUUUAUUACACACAGUAGUGAGAAAUAAUAUAAAAUCUGGCUGGGACUGUACCUUCUGUCUGAGUGGCCAAUUGGUUUCUCUUCAGAUAACAAGGUAGUUGUGUAUCCAGGUGUUGCAGUAUAUAUUAUCCUCAGAGCAAGAAAGUUGUCUCAUACUUACAGUAUUUCAUUAGUUACCACACUGUAUUUCAAACUAUCUCAGUAAGCGGAAAAAUCAAAUCACACAGACAAGUCAGUUUAGAGUCCUUGUGUGAACCUGGAUUUGCAGAGAGAGAACUUUAGCUGUCAAUUCAAUUUAUUUGGAGGGACCAACUCUGUAACCUAUGUAUAAUAAGGAUGAAUUGUGUUUCAGCAAUCAUAUCUCAUUAUUGCAUUACCAUGUAUUUUACCAGGAAAUAAAAAGUGGCCGAACGCCCCUAAUCCAAGCCGUGGAGAAUGGGUGUGAGAAUCUAGUAUGUCUUCUCCUCCAAGUGAGUGAUAUUAUGGUAUUUUAUGUACAGUUGUAUGGCUAUGGUGACAAAACAAUAAUACUAAUGAAAUGCAGAAAAAGAGAUAUCUUGGAAAGUCCCUGUGCUUCGGAUAGGAAGGGAAAUGUUGUGGUGGUUUCUGGGAUGAAUAAAUUCAAAUAUGAUGAGCUGGUUAGUCGAACUGGCAGACUAACCUCAAUUGUAUUAAAGGGACAUUGUAGACACUUUAACAAUUGCAUCUCAUUAAACUGAUUAUUGUGCCCGGAGCACUCUGGCACUGCCCCUCUAUUACAUUCCAAGACGUUAAACACUGGAUGAGGGUCCCUGGCUUUCUAUAGCCCAGCUCCCACUGGAGGUGUGGCUAAGGCAGCGAUCACACACUUCCUUGUAUUCUUAAGGAUUUAUGCCUGCAAUGGCACUGUGAUUGGCUGAAAACAAUCAGCUGACACUCUCAACCAAUCACAGCCAACCACUGUUGCUCAGACUAAUACUUCCUGGGUACACUUGUAUAGCAAUAUAUCAUUAAAAAAAUGUUUAAUGCUGAAUCAGAGGGUGUUGCAAAUGGACUCCAAACACUGUAGCCAAUUUGAUAAGAUGAAGCAGUUGCAGUGCCCACAGUGUACUUUUAAGUGCACAUAACUCCAAUGGGCAUUUUAAUAAAAAAAAUGAUCUUGGUAAGAACUUAUUGAGCAUAUUAGUAGAAAUAUCUCCAAUAUACCAUCUCUGGACAGAUGUCAAUUUGAAACAAAUAUUCACUCCUUUGUUAAUCCAUAACAAGGAAGGGCUGACACGUUUUAUUUGCCUGUGGCUAGUACUAGCAAAUGGCCUUUUCUUGCAUACUAAAUUCACUAAUCUCUGUGUGCAUAGUCCAACCUAUGAGGUACUUAUUUCAGAUAAAGUCUGUUGACGUUGUGUCAAUGCUGGAGCUUCUACCGAGGUCUCUGCACACCUAAGAGACACACACAGUGAAAAUUCUAAGUGAAUUCAUAGUGAUUUUCAAAAUUAAGGCCAGAGUAGUCAAACUGAAAGCAUAGCUAAUUUUUCCAGCUCAGCUAUUUUAACCUUAAAUGUAAAAUUCACUUUGAAUUCACACUCUAGUAAAAAAAAACCUUACGGAUUUUGUAUUCUGCAACUCCAUCACCACCAAUGAUGUCCAGUAUGCAUUAUGGAUGUGAUAAGCACUUUCCCAUCUCUUACCAACACCUUUAAAGACACCAUACAUACUUAUCAUAGCCUCACAACUUGGUUAAUUCCAGAUAUUGCAGUGUCCUGGGAAAAUAUUCCAUUAGGCUAGUCCAGGCCUGGGAAACUAGGGAACAGUAAGAAUGCAGGUCAUAAAUGAGUAAUGCAGGUCAAAGUGCCAGACUAGGAAAGGUGCUAAAUAUAUGUUACUUACUGUCUCCUGGAGAAGGAUGUGCAUCAAACUAUUUAAAUCUACAAAUAAAUAUUUGUAUUUAAAAAUCCUCGUUUUCUAGUGAUCCAAUGUGCAAUUACCCCCUUCCACCCUUGCCAGCCCACUUGGGCCAUUUAACAAUUUAAUAAAUCAAAUCUCUAAAUUUCCUGUUAAUUCUGUUGUUACGAUUCCACUUGCUACUCUAUUCAGAUGAUCUUAAAUAGAUUUGGAUGGACGGGAGGUUUAUUAUUUAAUUCAAUCUGGAAAUAAAUGCAAAGGAGUAAAUUAUUCUGAUCUUAGAGAGUACAGAAUGUAUUAACUUGUGACUUUGGUGCAUAAGGUGUUUUUUUGGUAACUCGAUGUCAAAUGUUAUUACCACAAUGUUACUUACACAUUGUCUGUUUGAUAUUUGGCUUUUCUGCAGCGUGGUGCUCAAGUCAAUGCACAAACAUAUGCAGGCAACACAGCUCUGCAUGUGGCCAGUGGACGUGGCCUUGAAGAAAUUACACGAAUGCUACUACGGAGUGGAGCAGACAGUGGAAUAAAAAACUGCCAUAAUGAUACCUCAAUAACAGUCGCAAAGAACCGAAGGGUAAACACCAUUUUGGUGGCCAUUCCUUGUGUGGCCAUUCCUCUUUCAACUCUGUGUCUCUCUCACCUUUACUCUAAUUCAUUAAAUGACCCCUGAACCUUAUUUACUAAAGGUUAGAACAUGGGACUUUUGCACAAUAUUUCAUUCAGAACAUCACUUCUGAUGCAGGACACUGGCAAAUCGCACCUUUUAUUGUGAGCUAUGUCAAAUCUCUGUGUAGACAGCCCAGCGUCAUUCUGACAUGAAUACACAUGUACAUUCUGGGCAUGCAGGAAUGAUGUAAACCAAUCUGCAGGCAAUACAGCUUAUAUAAACCUUUCACACGCCUCAGCACAUAGCCCAGCUGUGGUUCCUACUUCAUACACUUUUUGUUAUUUGACCCAACUUGUCUUGUUGAACCUAUUAUCCGACAUCCCCUGACUUGGACAAACCUACUGUUUGUGUGAUUUCUGUAUUCCUUGACCUCAGUUGCAUUCUGACCUUUCUCUCUUCUUUAAGCCUAGCUAUAGACACCACAUUAAACCCGGCCAUCCUAAAGACCGGUGGCCAUCUUUCUUUUUUACAACUUUACUUAGGAUAGUCUUAGUUUCAGAUUCUGCAUGUUGGGUCCUCUUCACUUUUUGACAGUAGGUUGUAAUGUAUGUAUAAUAUUAGUUAUUGCAAUUCUAGCAACCUAUUUAUUUUUAUCAGAUUACAGAUAUCCUACGUGGUAAAUCCUCCUCUCCGCGGAAUCAGUAUGAUAGACUCACCGAUGAACACAGCGACAGCUCGCUUACCCUAUCACCACAACCGCCACAAGUGAAAACACCCAGUUAUAUAUCCGUAAGUCCUCCACCUGGAAGACAGGCAACUCCAUUACUGUCCCUACCUCAAAAAGAUACAUUAAGACAUAUCAAAGUACCUGACUUAUCUCCAGCAAUUAAUGGGUCUAGCCAAAGACAGUUUGGUAGAGUCCAAUGUGAGGAACAGACAUACCAAUGUACAGGGGAAAGACAUUAAAUUAACUGCAGCUAUACAUGCUAAUAAGAUGUUCAGAGGGUGUUUUAAGAACUUUAUUCAGGGAUGUGGGCAAUUCAAUGCCAUCGUCAUGUAUACCUUAUGGAACAUGCCCGGGAACCUCCAAUCAGCAACAACAGAGGAUUGUGGUUACAAAAAAAAGUAGAAUAAAAUAAAAGUUCCAUCAUUCUCUUUAACAUGAUGUAAUGAGGCAGGUACCAAGCAACAACCUACCAUCUACCUGAGAAGACAUAUACACACACAUGUUUAAGUGAGAAUCUACUCUACAGUGCCGCGACUGCAUGACGAGAAAUCCAGAUUAUUUUUAGUCUGUCCAUCACAAGUUUGGGAUUCGUAUAGAUGGACAUCUAUGGAAACUAACCUAAUUCUGAAAGUGUGCAUUACUCCGUGGAUGCAUUAAUAGAAUUGCUUAUAUGCGAUAAACUGUGUAACAAAACUAUUGAAUAAUGUAUUCAAGAUGUAUGGAUAUUUUAUAGGAUGAGUAUGUUGAAAAACUCAGAAAGAUGACACAAAAGUAAUCGGUUUAAAGGUGUCAAGCUCGUGUUACUGUGUUAACAUGAGACCCAUCUAUCAUAUUCUCCUUCCCGAUUGUUAAAUGGUGCUAGUAAAGGCCAGCAAACAAUGAGAGUAUGUAUUAAGAAUAAAUGAAACAUUUCAUCUUUUCUAAUGAGGUUGCAAUUCCUUCUUGAAUUAUUGUAUAUCCUCUGAAAUUCCACGUCCCAUCCCAAAAAAUGCCAAAUAAUCAAUUUUGGGGCAAAUUUCUAAAUGUUAUUACAUUUGCAUGUAGUUGUUACAGUUCUAGAAAUGUCCCCCAAAAUUGCUUUCUACAAAUGUGUCUCUCUAGGUGUUUAUUCACUAAAACACGAAUUGCACAAUUGAGACCAAAACAGAUGAGCAGGAAAAAUGGCUGCAUGGGAGAUUUUCAACAACAUGGCUGUUGUUGCCUAACUCCUGCAUUUUGGUUGUCGAUUUAAAAGGUUGCAGUAUUACGUGAAUAAACACCUGAAAGGAUUACACCAAGCAUCAUGACCACUUCAUCAUUAUGAAUAUGUCAUAGUGCAGGGAGUCUGUAUGUGCAGUGUUUCACUAUGGACAUGCAGAGAUAUUUAAUCAAGCUGCCACCUCUGGCAGCUGUGAUCCAGUAUGUCCAGAACUCUAUCCCGGGCUGACUAAUCUGAAUUCAUGUUGCUGUUUUAAAUUACAUCUUGUUUGCAUGAAUUGUUAUUACUAAGUCACGUUUCUCAGAACAGCCCCACCCUUGACCACUAUCCUACUCACUCCCCUAAAAUUGUAUAUUUGAAAUGUUGGUUGGUAUGCUAUAGUAUGUACGCAUAUAUAUAUAUAUAUAUAUAUAUACAUAUAUAUACCGCCUUUCCCCGAAAAUAAGACCGGGUGUUAUAUUAAUGUUUCCUCAGAAAAAAAAUUUCGGGGGAUGUCUUAUUUCGGGGAAAAACGGUAGCAAGCAUGUGCUAUGAAGCGGGUCUACAUUCGCAGAAGUUCGCUAGACUAGUUCACUAGGGCAUGGAAUCCCGCGAAUCUAUGUUUGGGGAAACUUCCCCGAACAUAGAUAAGCUUACUCACGAAUGGAAUUCCGCAAAUCUGUUCGGGGAAAAUUCCCGAACAUAGAUUAGCAAACUAGCGACUAGGGCUUAUUUUCGGGGAUGUCUAAUUUUGUGGGGAAACAGGGUAUGUGUGUGUGUGUAUGUGUAUAUAUCUAUAUCUAUCAGUUUUGCUUAUUCACAACUCAAUGUUCUUUGCAUCAAAAAAGAAUAGUUCUUACAUUUGAAGUGUGUACUUUAUCGUGUGUCAACAUUUUUAAUCUACACAAAGCUUAAUGAUGACUGUUAAGCACCAGAAUGAAUGAUGACCCUAUCCCUUAUCAUUUAAUGUAUGCUUCAAGCAGUAUGGUGGUGGGUGCAUUAUGAAACAGGGUGGUGGGUGCAGUGUGCGGCAAAGCUGCGGACCCAUUGUGAGUUUGGCUGGUCAGACCUCUAUAAAUUCUGUAAGUUAUUUAAUAUUUUUUUACAAUAAAUAUUUUUGUACUAAACUGAGACAA